AUGGCCGAGUUCCUGCCGCCGCCCGAGUGCCCCGUCUUCGAGCCCAGCUGGGAGGAGUUCGCCGACCCCUUCGCCUUCAUCCACAAGAUCCGGCCCAUCGCCGAGCAGACCGGGAUCUGCAAGGUGCGGCCGCCGCCGGUGAGUGAGCCUGGGCGACCGACCUGUGCGCCGCCUUCACCCCCCACCCCCAGCAGCGACGCCGCGGACGGCCGAGCAGGAACCGGGGGGGGGGGCGCCUGCGUGCAGAGAGUCUGGGGGCAACAACAACAUCUCUUCCCCCUUCGAGCCUUUUGCCCCCCCCCCCACGCCGUCCAAGUUCCUAAAAACUCCCGGUCCCAAGACCCCUGCAUUGGGGGGGGGGGGUAUCAUUUUACACAUCCCCACUCAGUAAACUUGUACAUCUUCCGUCGGUCCCCCUCCCCCCUUUAAUCUUCAGCGCGUCUCGGGGGGCUUCCAUUCGCCCCCCCCCCACUGCACGCCUUCAUGGGGGGAAAGAGCCCCCCACAUCCACCCAUUGACCCUUGAAUGAUGGGCAAGCGUUGGGUUUCUGGACGAGCUCUGAGAGAGUCCUCAAAGGCGUCCUUGUCCCCAUAUGGACUCGCUUUGGAGGCCAGGCUGGCGUUUACCCCACAGAAACGGGGUCAUGGGUUGGAGUGCAGAAUGGCCCUCUUGUGUUGCUUCAGCCCAGCGGACUUUUGAGGUUUGGCUCCCCGAGGGAGACCCACUCUAAUAUGGCUGCCAGUGAGCUUUCUGCCUCUCUCUCUCUCUCUCUCGCCUCCCUCCCUCCUUUCCUCUCCCCCUCUCUCGCCCCCAUGGCUCUUCUCUCACUUUGGCCCCUGGCUCACUUUCCACUCGGGGAGCUCCCCUCCCGCGUCUCCCCCAUCUCCUCCUCUUCCACGACCCAAAUAAAGUUGCCUUGUGUGUCUUAUCCCGUGGGUUGGAAAAAAAGAGAGAAAAAGCAAGAAACGCACACCGUUCACACAAUGAGGCACGUUUCUUCAGCUGCUAGUUUUCCAAAUCAAACGGGGAAGUUGGUCCCGAAGUGCUUCCUUUGGGAUGACUCGUGCUAGUGCAGCUCCAGUGGCAAAAGCCUCUCAAGACCCAGUUGAGGCUUUUGUUUCUCUGCACAGGAUCAUAUUAGGAGCUAGUUAAGUAAUAAGAGUGUAGCUUUUAGAAUGAGUGAGGAAGGGGGAGGUGGAAGAAACUUUAUUAAGGCUCAAAACCUGCCUUGCAAGCCCACUUUUAAACUGAGGGAACAAGUUUUACCUCACAGGCAACUACAGUGAAGAAAGAACACAUUAUUUAUUUAUUUCCUAAAGACUUAAUGCAGCAGAAGUAGUUGAUUUUUUAUGGCUAGAAAGAGGCAGCCAUUGUCACCGUUUUACCUUUUUUAUAGUAGGGUAUUUUGAAGGUAAAUAAGUGUUUGUUCCACAUGGUUUGUCUAACAAAGUUUAAGCAUUGUCAAAUUCUUGGGGACUGGGCUACUAAUAUCAAGAGAAAUACUUUAUAGCAGUCACUGUGUUAAAACCUGAGACAGCUGCUUGGGUGUUGCCCUCCAUGUUGGCAUUGUGGUUGAGCUAGGACUGUGGAUUUUCUUAUUUCCAUGUUUUCUGUACCCACAAAAAGCUUUUCUGUGGCCACUUUAGUUCCAUCUGGGUUAAUUUUAAUACUGGCACCCAUAUUCUAAAGUUGGGAAUAUAUAAAUAGAAGCCAUUGAGUUUUCAGAGAUAUUUUCUUUCAGAAUCCUAGGCAGACAUGGCCACCAUUUUAGAGUGCGAUACAUAGUGGGAAGGGUGAUAAGUCUUCAUCAUUACCAGUAUAAACAGACACUACAGAGGGCUAUAGAAGGGGUGAUUUUGAGCCACUAACUCAAUUCAGUUUUUAAAAAAUUGUUUCUCAGUAUAAUUUGCUUCAGCUUUAUUACCCCAGUUAUUUGCACUUCCUUUUUAAAAAAGGUAAACUGUGAUUGAAGGAUUUGAAGAAACAAAGAUUUGUUUGUUACAAGGGGUAUACACUACUUUCACUAAAAAGAGGGCAAUCUUCAUUUAGGGAGAUGUAUUGGUAAAUAUGGAUUCAAACAACUUACAUUCUAGUUAAAAUACUUGAAAUGUUAAUUUGGAGCUGAGUAUAAAUGAGAUAUAUUGAUGAACUUGAGUUCUGCAGUGAAACUUGAAUUUUAUUCAUUCUCUGUAUCCAGUUACAUUUCAGUAUGACUUUCAGUCCUCACUGGAAAACAUAACUGAAGAUUGACCCUUGACUGAAGAAAGUAGCUUGUAGGAACUUUUCUUAUUCUACUAGGUGAAAUCUUGUCAACCUUUGUUCCUGUUAAAUUCCAUUUAUUUCAGUAAGGUUUGUGUGCAAAGAGUGAUUGGUGGGUGGAACUCACAUAUACACUUAAGUAGGACAGCCUUUUGAUUUGAAAGUAACUCCAUUUAAUAUAUGAUCUUUUAAAGUUUCUCUUCAGGUUCAUUUUUAUGUUUUAAUUGUACAUGUGUAUGCAUUAAAAAGUCUGGCUGAACAAGAUAAAAACUGCACCUAAGAUUGUGUAUCAUACCUACCUACAUGACAUCCAUUUUAAAUCCCUGUGUUUGUAAAAUUAUUGUUGGUGGUUGGUUGUGGUUUUAACACCUUUGAAUAGGGUGGAGGUAAAGUGUGUGUGCGUUAUGUAUGUUGUUAAUGCUGAGAUGGCCUGGCUUGAUUGUUUGGUCCCAGUGGUCCUACCAAUCAAGAUUUACUUUUUAGGAAAAUAAGUCAUGAGACAUGCAUUUCACAGAAAUUACUUCAGGUUUAGGUACAUUCUAGAAAGGUAAAGUAUUGCCAGGCUGCCCUUUGAGGUGAUUUUCUUAGGAAGCACAUACCACAGGCCUUUUAUCAUAUGAAAGCAUUGUGUCCCAUAUGUUUGAGAUCCUUGCUGGUAGGUGACACCAUAUUUAUAAAAGGGCCUGCUCAUCCCUGAGUGGGUCAGAGCACGCAAAAUAUUGAUGGCCCAUGGAUUAGUAUCUAGACUAUAAUAUGACCCUCAAGGACACAAGUUGGCCAUCUCUGUUCCAAAGGAUUCAUUGCUGGGUGUUUGCCUGUGUUUUUUUUUUGUCACUUAAUUUUGGCAGCGCUUGGUAGCAAAUAAUUGUUUAUAGGAGCCUGCUUUCUUGCUUCCAGCUCUACAGAGACAAAAUGACAUCCCUUUUGUUUCUGUUGCCUUGCUGAAGAGCUUUUUAAAAAAAGGGGGGGAGGAGCAAUGAGAAUUGUAUGUAUGUAAUAAUCCCUCCAACCCAUAACACUAAUGCUUUGUUCUGACUCAAGAUGCAGUCUGCUGCCAUUUUGAAUGAGGUACACUCUACCACCAUGUUCUUUGAGUGUGUUUCUUUUAAACUUGUUACUCCAACUUUUGUUGGUUAUAUGAGCAGACAGAUAUUUUUAAAAGAGGGACAUUUGUGAGAAUUGUAUGUUUUCAAAUGAAGCUGUUGAAUAAUGAAGCACACAAAUAAUGAUGUAGAAGACAAAAUGCCCAUGGAAUUUAAUAUAGCCAAAUAAUGCUACUCAACACCUCAUGUUGGUGUAUUUGAUGUGAAAUUAAAUUCUGGACCGUAGGUUCCAUCUGCUUUUAAACUGAAGAUUUUUUUGCACUGGUCUCAGAAUACUUAAUAUUAUAGGCUGCAGUCCAGCACACAGCCUGAUUGUGUGCUUAGGCAUGCCUAAGACCAUGGAUUUCAAAGGGUUUAGAUGCUCCUAACUCUGAUCAGGGUGAUUGUUACGGAUAAUUGAGUCUCACUGAAAUUAGUGCAACUUGUGUACUGAAUUAAAUCUACAGACUUAAAAUCCUGUACACCAAGGGGGGGGGGAUAAAGGAAGCCAAAAAAGAAAAAAUGGGGUGGUAACCUUUAUAUUUUUAAAAAAGAAAAGAAAUGCCCACACCAUAAAUUACCAGUCCCAAAUGCCACCCAAAGGAUAGUGGGUUUUGUGGACACCAUCUGCUAAAUGCCUACUUGUUGUAGAGAUGCUGUAAAGUUAAGUGGGAUGGAUGAUUGUUUCUCUGGAGCUCCAUCCAGAAGGCAGAUGAAUCUUCACUCCCAGGCCUUCCCUGGAAAAGGUGCUGUAGCAAGCGAUUUUCUGAAAAUUAAAGCUUGUUCCCAGCUGUAAUUGUGUUGAUGUCUAGCAGGCAGGUAAAAUGACUUCCAGAUCUCCAAAUGUUUCUUUCCAUCUGCACCAGAACUAUAAAGGCAAUGUUGAUAAUGUAACUGAAAACCUCCUUUCUGGACUAAGAAUUCGUUUUCCUAAUAGCCCAACCAGAAAUCAUCAAACGGGAAUGUUUGGAUUCAAAUAAUGUUCAUUUCAUAGAAAAAAAAGACAGUUAAAAUGGCUUAAAUGUGCACAUUUCAGCAUUUGACAUUGCCUUCUUGGUGGCGGCACUGAAGUAGGUUGUUGUUACUUGAAUGAGCUGGCACAAGCCUUGGAUCAGACCCAGGUUUUGAGCCUAACUUAUUAACAAACCACCAUUUGCCAAGUUUGUAAACCAACAAACCACAAUUUGUUUCUAACCAGGAAUAGAAGCUUUACAUCUUUCUUUUUUUGUAUGAAGGGGAAAGGAAGUGCACAUACCUAAGAUUUGUUUGAGCUUGUUCAUGUAACUAUCGUUUUUUUAUUACCCCGAUCAAGCCCUUACUCUGAACAUAAAGAAUAUGCAUCUUGCUUCCAAUUUUAUUUAUUAUCAAGUGAUCCUUUGAUGUGAACAACUGGGAUAGCAGAAUCACUCUCAACAUCACAUGCCUUAUUCCUUCAAGUUGUAGAAGGCUUAAUAUACAUACCUUCAUAAAAAGGUGAAACUUAGUCUGUUUCUUAGGCAUUUUGCUUCCUGAAAUGAGGUUAUGAUAGUAUUGUUUACUAUUCUAUAUGAAGUGUCAUAUCUAUAGCAACAUGGAGUACAGUCUUCUAGCAUUACCAUAAGACGAUAGCUUUCAAUCAAGCUUGUGACCUCUUGACUGUAUUUGCCUGGCAUAGACAUUGUACCUUUGACAGCAAAAAGGAAUUCAACAGGUGCUUCUCCUGGAAUGGAGUGAGGAGGUCAUGCAUAUUAGAUUUUUGCUGUCAAAAGGACAUGAUCUUUGCCAAGAAAAAUACCUUCACCAGACCUAAACUUGCCAAAGCUUGGCACACUGGUACUUUGAUUAAAUUCUAGCAGUUCCCUAAGUCUAUACAUUCAGGUGGUAUAAAUGUUAAUUUCAAAAUAUAUGCUUUUAAAAAUAUGAACAUUUGGAAAAUCUGAAGCGGGGACCUACCUGCUGAUGAUGGACAUUACCUUAAAUCUAAUCUGUAUCUUAGUUUUCAUAUUCUGCUGUUGGGAUGGGACAAUCAGAUGAAAAACUUGUAAUUCUGGAAUAGUUUUCAACACUUUCCUUGUGCAUGCUAUUGGUCUCAAGAGUACACUCUUAUUUUUGGGAGGUCCAACAAAGGGAUGUGGGAACCAACUCUACAUUGCAUGACUUAAAAUUGGGGCUGUGCAAUUUUUCAAAUGAUAGCUUCUGUUUCUCUAAGAAAAGUUGUAACACGGUCCUUUUAAGUUUUCUUUUCAAGCCAUUGUUAGUAAAGGAUCACCAGUUGCAUUGCAGUUCAUUUGCUAAAUACCACUUCUCUGAACUUGCUUCUUAGUAGUCUCAGUUUGGUUGACUGGUUGUGAAAAUCUGCAGUUCUUGGUGAAGGAGGUUUUCCCCAAUUGCUUUCUUGCCCUUGGAAAGUCCUCAUAAACCCAACAUCCUACCUGAAGAAAUUCCAGCCAACCUCUACCUUCAGGUUAUAUCCCCAAUCUUGGUCUAACUAUAAAAAACUUUUAGGAGUUUGGUCUAGGGCUUGAUCAGUGAUGCCUUAUUGAACAUCAGUCCUCCCCUCUUUCUCAGAGACCUAGAAGUGAAUUUUACAGUGACUAUACCUCACAUGUCUGAUUUAUAUUAAUGUAAUUUAAUACUGCAAUUUCAUUCCCAAGAGAAACUUCAACUGGUAAUACACAAGUCUUGUUAAAAGGGCAUACAUAGAUCAAAGUGAUUUCUUGUGCAAAACCUGUGCAUUAUUAUCACAUCCCUGUAGAAACAUGUAGAAACCAAUCUGGUUAUUUGUAUGAACUGUGGCAUGCUGAGGCAUGCCUAAUGUGUUAUGAACCAGACAGAGACAAGUGAAUGUACCUAAGGCAGUGAACAUAGCCUGGAGUUGGUGUACUGCACAAACUAAGAAGCUUGGUGUACAUACACACCUUAAAACAACCCGGGCUGGAGAGUUCAGUAAAGGUACCCCUGCCCGUACGGGCCAGUCGUGUCCGACUCUAGGGUUGUGCGCCCAUCUCACUUAAGAGGCCGGGGGCCAGCGCUGUCCGGAGACACUUCCGGGUCACAGGCCAGCGUGACGAAGCUGCUCUGGUGAGCCGGCACCAGCGCAGUACACGGAAACGCCGUUUACCUUCCCGCUAUAAAGCGGUACCUAUUUAUCUACUUGCACUUAGGGGUGCUUUCGAACUGCUAGGUGGGCAGGAGCUGGGACCGAAAGACGGGAGCUCACCCCGCCGUGGGGAUUCGAACUGCCGACCAUGCAAUCGGCAAGCCCUAGGUGCUGAGGUUUUACCCACAGCGCCACCCGCGUCCCAUGGAGAGUUCAGUAUGAAGCACUAAUUGGGUAGUACUUGUAAGAUGGCACUUGAAUACGAAGUACUUUUUGUAUGAUCAAGCUUUUUUGGGUUAUCUGUGUGGGGCAAUUAAAAAAAAUGGCAAAUUUAGUAUUUGAAAUGCUGGAUUUAUGCAGGUAAUGAAGUCUUCAAGACUUCAUUGACCCUUUUCAAUGCUAUUAAAAGAAUUCCAGAGCAUGCCAUCAAAUAUAUCUUUUAGAUAUUCCUACCAGUAAUUACCCUUACUAUUAUUAUUAUCUUUAAGUUGGCACAUCACUGUUUUAUACUGUGGACCAUGUCUUUUCAUGUUUUCUUAUCUUGAAGGAACAUACUAGAAAAAUAAUUUCAUCACUGUACCACAGUCCCUCUCUGUCUGAUGUUCAUACAGCAAGACUCAGUUCUGUGAAGCAAAACAACAGUUUAUCAUUAAUCCUUCUAUAUUAAGGAAAAGGACUCAAGCAAAUUUUUGAUUAAUUUCAUGGCUUUGUGAUGAGCUAGAAAUUAUACACACAAUAUUGUUGUAGCUGAUUUAUAACUCAUUCCAAAGUAGUUGUGGGGGUGACAGCUACUUUGCAUAAGUGAAGAGAAAAGGGAGAACAAAUGUGGAGAAAAUUAACAUAAAUCAGUAUGGGAAAAGUUAGCAAUAUUUUAAAAUCCAAGUCCGGAAAAGGGAUGAUAGGUUUGCUAAAUUUUCAGUGUGGUAACUUGUGUGAAAAGGUUAUGUAGCAGAGAAAAAUAGCACUUGCAGUCUACAGAAUUGGAAACUUUAUGGAGAUUUCAGAACAUACACUUAACAGGAAACAGAGUGUUACCAGAGUGGGCUUGUAUCAGGACCACUUUCCAUACGUCUGCUUCACAAGUCACAUUAAACCACACUUCAAUUUUUUUAAAAAAAUGAAUGCACUGUAGUGAAUGCCACUGGAAAGUUUUUGUUCUCUUUGCUUGCUCCUGAUGAACCAUUAGGAAACAAGCAAUGUUGGCCACUGCUUGUGCUUUUGAAAGAACCAGGAAUCCUUGUUUGGAUAUAAUCACAAGCCAGACUCUGGCAGGAGCUGGGAAGGUAGAGUGAGAAAUCCUUAGCUGCAUGUGAUAGCAUGAUGAGCAUUCAUAUUAAACCAUAGUUGACUUUGAACUAUGGCUUAAUGUGAAGUGUGAACUAGACCAUUUGAAAGCCAUCUUUAUAUAGGAAAAAAAAUGCCAUGUGUGAAGUGGGCCAAACCUGAUAUUAUGGGAGAAAAACUAGUUAGUUUUCCAGUAUUUUCCCUUCUAAGGCAAUGUGGGCUAGGGAACAUUUGCAGAAGAAAACUAGUGGGUUGUUGUGUAUGGAGUGGGGUGUUCUUCCCCAUCGGUUCUCUCCUGUAGGUACUGUCUGGGCACUUACUUUCCCUCUCUGAUUUUUGAUUUUAGGACUUGCAGAGGGGGAGGAGAAAAUUACGUUGUGGGUAAUUUUCAUAUUAGUGUGGCAGUUGUGUAACUCCCCCUUUAAAUUUAAAUUUCUGCUGCCUUGUCUUUCUGGAUGACAACAGAGGCUAACUGUACUUCCUUCUCCUUCCAUAUUUAUGGCUAGAGAAGGUUAAGAUGGGAUUGUGAUGCUUCUCUGCUGGCCUCUGACAUUAGAGUGAAGCACAGUUAGUGGGAGAGGUAGCCGUGUUCAGCCUGGUGGAAGGCUCCCACUGAUGGGUCUCCCAUUGGCAGAAGCAAGCAGUACAUUCUGAAAUGAGGUAUUUUGAGGUUGGGUCCACAAAUUCCAUGAGGAGUUUAAUCCUAAGGCUCUUUUGGCUGCUUGAGCACUGGAUCCACUGCUCCAUCACUCAUUGAAAAGAUCACAAAGCAGUAUGCAAAGGAAAAACAAAAAAUACAAUAAAAAUAGAUACAUUAUGGAAAAUAUCAAAAUCUAUAAAUAAUACAAUAUAAGAGAAUAUAAGAGAUCAACCUCCAAAAUGUAGAAUUGCACUCACUCAGUACACUUAUCCUCUCUCAGUAUCCACAUCUACAAACUCCUCUGUACAUCAGUCAGCCUACAGCUGCACACAUUCACCCACACUCGUAGAAUCUAUGUUCUCUAUAUAGAUUUCCAUACUUCAAAAUAUUUCCAUAUAAAUACAUAUUUACUUUGACUUGGUACACAUUGUUUUCCUUUUAAUUUUUAUUAUUAAAUUUUAGAGAGUAUUAUAAAAAAAAUUAAAACAAGGAAACAGUGAGUUGUAUCCAACUUAAUCACUGUGCAAGUGAAACAAUUUCUACCCACACGGUGCAACUUCCCUCUCCUCUCCUCUCUCCACAUGCCCUCCCCACCCACACCUGUUCUGGGCCUUCCCCUGGAACAGAUUUGGGGGUGGUGUGUGGUUGGAGAAGGAUGAGAGGUUCCAUUAUGCAAGCUAAAGUUGUUCUGCUCAUGCAAUGACUUGGAUUAAUUCCAGUGUUUGAAAAGUGUUUAAAAAGGUAGUAAUAUUGGUGAUGACAGCAUUCUACUGUAUUUGACUAGAUUUCCAGCACUAGUGGUUUUUGGCAUGCAUUUUCUAAUGCCAAUGAGAUCUGCACUGUAUGAUGUGAGGUAGCAUUUUUACCCCAUAUAAUAUUUGUGUUUGUAGUAUUGGAUGAAGUGUGCUCAGCAGAACCCAAAACACCCAGAGCCAGAAAACAUAUUCAUGGGAUAUUGUAUAAACAAGAAAGUAAUGUUUUUAUUUUAAAUUGCAAACAAUUCCAAAGUGUAAAAACUAUAUUUUAAAAAUGCUCUGGAAAUACUGUAAAAUGUCUAGAAAAUGCUGUAAAAUGUCUAGAAAUUACAACUGAGAAUUAACAUUAAUGUUUUUCUUUGGGGGGGUGUUUUUCUUACCCCAUUUAGAAACCUACAAGAAAACUCUUCCUGGUUAGAGAAAGGUCCCCCAAACGGUGUUAACAUAGUUUGUGCCAACCAACUGACAUUUGCUUGACCUUUCCAUGACCAUUUGUCUAUGAAAAAACAGUGAAGUGUUUUACUACCCCAAUCCACUAAAUUGGCUGGAGUAAUAAACACACCCCAGUGGCAAAAUUCAAUGCUUUUCUGGGCCAUUUUAUGCUGCAGGUGGUUUUUGUUUACACUACUAAAUCAGUGAGUGGUAACUGGCUCAAACUUGGGAAUGCUGUACAGCUGACAAUUUGUGUGUGGUUAUGUGUGUGAGUAAAUUGCACAGUGAGAAAUGUGCCUGCAGUAAGUGUCUUACCCUGCAAAGCUGGAUGGAGGUUAAAGAAGUAACUGUGAACUAUAUUUUUCUGUUAGGUUUUUCUACAUCUGAAAAUAAAGUGAACAAGAUCUUUUAAAUUAUAUAUCAGUUUUGGUCUGUCAAACAAUUCUCUUCUCUGUACUGAAUUAUUUCCCCCCCCCUUUCCUAGGAUUGGCAGCCUCCAUUUGCCUGUGAUGUUGAUAAACUUCACUUUACUCCACGGAUCCAAAGGCUGAAUGAGUUGGAGGUAAUGAAUUAACUAAUCGUAAAUACUUCCCAGUGGCCACUGAUGGAUUGGGUGCCUAAAACUGUUGAGAAAAAUGCAGUAUUUUUAAUUAAAAUAGCAGAUCUCCUUUUCAGACAAAAAGAGGAAACAGUGUGGUGAUUAGCCACCAUGUUGUUGUGAUCUGUAAGGCUGGAUAGAGAAGUUCUAGAAUGCUACCUCUCCCCCAACAGUUUGAGGAUCUGACAAAGACAUAAAUUCUAGCUGGAGAGCCUCAGCUGCUAGCUCUCUGGCUGGCUUCUCAAACAUUUUGACCUUUUAAAGAUGUCUCUUUGGAGACAGUAUACACCAUAUUUUUCUGCCUAAUGUUCAUCUUCCCAGGGAUAUAUUAUUUAAGUAUGCUUUCUUUCAUUUGGCAUCUCAUGGUAUACAAAGGUAUAAACAGAUUAAACAAUUAAGAACAAUUAAGAACAAUUAAAAUCAGUAAAGAUCCAUUCCCAAAAUAUUAAAAAUACAAAAGUGAUCCAAGGAAAAUUAAAGUUUGAUACCCUAUAGUGGAAUCAAACACGAGCAAAAGCCUGGGGGGCAUUGGUAUGUUUUUUAUGAGUGCUGAAAUACACUAGUGUUGGUCUGCAGAAGAUGUAAAUAGUUCCAUAGGGAAGGUGCUGCUACAGAGAAGGCCCUCUUCCUGGUUACUGCCAAAUUCACAUCUCUAAAGUGUAGCGCAACCAAGAGGGCCUUCUCAUCUAAGUGUAAUGAACAUGAGGAUAUCCUAAAAUAGUAUCCGCGUGGGAGUGAGAUGGGAAAUAAGAUACAGAAAAGUGGAAAGUUUCAAAUGUUCUAGAAAUGUGAAGAAGGGGUACUUCAUAAGCCUGGAAAAACCACACUACUGGUUCAUCUGGGAAGGACUUCAGGAGAAGUCAAUCUUAGAUGGCAUUUCUACCACUUUUCCUCUAAAUAUCUUGGCUGUUACAUGUUUUAUGUGACAUUGAGUCAUGCCUACCCCUUUCCAGCGGUUAAGAUGUGGAGGUGCUUCAGAAGUGCCGUUUGAUGCAUUUUGGUGGUGUGUUGACAGCUAUUUUGUUUUGAACUGUCAUUAAGCUUGUUCUGCUCAUUCUGCAAGCUCCUUUUGACUACUUUUAACAUUCCAUUCUACCAAAAAUAUCAGAUGAUUAUUAUUUUUGCCAUUUUAAAGAAGUAGGAGUAAAUAAAUAUAUGUAGUGUGUAUUAAAAUGCUAUACAGUAUUUGCAUUUGUUCAGAAGUCUUUUCCUGUGCAUGCAAGACAUCAGGUGGGACUUAAAUGCCACCUAGUGGUAGCAGGCAGAAUUCACUGUUUUAAAAUUCUGAAUGCUCUGGAGCGUUAAUUCUCUCAUCGACCCAGUCUAAAAUUCUAUCUCGCCACUUUUUUUGACCUCUUCUGAUUGCAUGGUUCAAGCCUUCCAUUGCAGCGCAUUCUUCAUCUGGGAGCCCUGGUAGACUCUGUUGUGGGAACAAUGUCCUUGUCUCCAGAGAGGAUAGGCAAGGUCAAAGCGGCACUCAGUUCUGUCAAAAUCAUGAGUGAACCUCAGGGUGCAAAUUCUGGGUCUCAUGGCAAUACUACAUUCUUGACCUCUUCAGUGGCUGCUGCUCUCUCAUUGAAGUUCCAUAGCUGCCAAGUGACAUAUCCUCAUUUCCCUGCCAAGAUUGGUAUGUCACUUUUUUCAGUGGUGGCUUCAGAAAUCCUCCCUUCACCAGGGAUUCCCUCUCAGACAACCCCCUUGGACAGUCAUCAUUUCAGAUAGACAGAGGGCCUCUCUCCAGCAGCUGGAUGCUCCAAGGCACCUAGUCCUCAGAGGAGACUCUCCUCAUCAACCUGGAAUGAAGGGCAGCCCACUUCAUAGUCCAGCACUUUGCAACCAAGGGACAUUUGGGGGCGAUCCUAAUCUUAACCAGCAACGUCACAGACCAACAGUCACACAGACAGAGUGGCACUAGAGGUGGAAGAACAUGUGGACUCCAUUUCUGUAAAGGACUUCAAAAGGAUUGAAAAUGCUCAAGCCAGCUGACUGAGCAGGGAGCACCUCCUUCGUGGAGAAUGAAUGCUUCAUCUCGAGGUGUUUAGAAAAAUUGUGUCCCACUUUUGGGACAGUCCAGGUGGAUCUCUUCACCUCCUUAGUCAAUCGCUCUGUCUUCACCAUGGCCUCCAGGAAUGCUUUAUGCCUUCCCCCCAUUCCUACUCCUCUCCCAAGUCUUGAGAAAAGAGAGCGUUCAGUUCACUUUGUGGUCCCAUACUGGCCUUAAAGGCCAUGGUUUUCCAAGAUGGGGACGGCAUUCCAAUGGACUCUUCUUUUCCAUGACAACCUCUUGACUUAGGGACAGCUUCAUUAUCCAGUUCCAGUGUGGCAGAACCUGCAUGUUUGAAGACUGAGUGGAAGUAUCUUAAUCAAAUUGGGCCUUUCUCCCAGCAGCUGAUACCAUGUUGUUCUCCAGCAUCCUCCUUCCUUGGAUAUAUCAAAGCUCUUGGAAAGUACUCUCUAAAUGGUGUAAUAAGAAAGGGCUCUUGCACACACACAAAAAGUUGGAAUCUCAGAAUUGUUAUUACUUCAAGCUGGUUUGAGCAUGGGCUUCAAACCUCAUACCCUAAAGCUCCAGUCACCAGUCCUUUCAGCUGUGCUGUCAGAGAAUCUGAGCAAGACUCAAGGCUCUCAUCCAUAUGUCAAACAUUUCCUUUGUGGUGCUUUGCUCAAAUGUUCUCCCACUCACCAUAGAUUCCACCCAUCUAUGGGAAUCCACAUGGUGCUCCUAGCUCUCCAAAGAUCUAGCUUCAUAAAAGGACUAGAGCUCUAGAACAUCCAGAAUUUUAAAACAGCAAAUUCUGCUUGCUACAGGUAGGUAGAGCUCAAGUCCCACCAGAUGUAGUUUUUACAUGCACCGAGAAGAACUCACAUUUGGGUGGUGUACAUGGUUGCUUAAAAGCACAGCAGAUUCUUCCUCCAUACUUCUGCUUGCAUCCCAGGAUAAUGAGUGCUUCUUAACCUGAAGAGACAGUAAUCACCUUUAUUUUCACUUUCUUUGUUCAUUAUGCAUAAUAGAUUGGAGAAUAUUAAAUUUGUACUUGAAAAUAAUAACUAAACUGUAUAAUAAAUCCACACUCUGAACAGGCUCAGACCCGCGUAAAACUGAAUUUUCUGGACCAGAUUGCAAAGUUUUGGGAACUUCAGGGAUGCACACUAAAAAUUCCACAUGUCGAAAGAAAGAUCUUGGAUUUAUUCCAGCUUAAUAGGGUAAGUUUCACAUGCUUUUAGGCUGAAGUCAUGCUAAUUUUCAGUCGUAAGCAAGUAAAAAUAAACUUGUUUGGUCCUGAAGGCCCUUGAGUUGAUAAAUAUUUUAGAAUGUAGCAUCUAGAUAAACGGGGAUUAAGUAGUUGUAUUAAUUAAAGCUUUGUUUUUGUCUGACACACUAAGUAAUUGUGUUAAGGUAAUAACUUCCUCUGGAUCUGACAUUUAUUUAUAAGAUAGCACCUGCUCACUGGAGUUAAGCUGCUUCCUUUUCUGAGUUAUAUUUGUCGGAAAUGACCCUGUAAAUUUGUAAAUCUUGAUGUGCAAUCCUUUUCAUUUGCAGCUAGUUGCAGAAGAAGGUGGAUUUGACUUGGUGUGUAAGGACAGAAAAUGGACUAAAAUAGCUACCAAGAUGGGGUUUGCUCCUGGAAAAGCUGUGGGCUCACAUAUUCGUGCUCAUUAUGAGCGCAUUCUUUACCCUUACAAUUUAUUUCAGACUGGAGCUAGUCUGCUGGUGAGUAUUGACUACUUUUCCUAGAUUGUGAACUUUUUUACAAAUUGACUAUUUUUCCAUUGUGGGAAAGAGUUCUCCAAUGUUUCAACAUUGCUUUCAAUUUUCUUUUUGGUGAAUGCUUUUAGAGUUCUAAAAAAGACUUGCUACAGCAGAGUCAUGGAAAUUUUAAUAUAAUUUUUUAAGGUUUCACUGAGCACAAAGACAUAGUGGUAUAUUAGCUGCUGUUUUUAGGGUUUUUAUCUUCUUGCUUGAUCAAGAAGUUGAUACUUAUAAUGGCUAUUCUUGCCUAGUAGAAAGGAAGUGGUUUGGACUGCUUUGCUCCUUCCUCACAGUUAGAAACAAGGUAGUUAGCUUUUGAACCACAUCUAAAGCUGUACUUUGCUUUGAGGGCUCUAUGCAGCACUUUUUUACAGUACACAUUUUCGGUGUGCUAAUCUUCUUAGCUUACAUUUGUGCAGUUCUAGCCUGCUUGGGCUCCUUCCCUAGCUUCCACUGAAUGGGAGUAAGCUUCUUACUUUAUUGGACCCAAAGUGGUUAAAGUUUAUCUGCAGUUUCUGAGGUAGUUGUGCAGUUGGUAUAGAGAAAGCUGGUAUGUCUGAAAAGACUUGACACUGCUUUAUUGAAAGAGUAGAAAUGUAUGUAGAAAGGAUAGGCUUCAUCCUAUCAAAGACCAGUUUAGACCAUCUAUAGCAGCCUUUCUCAACCUGUGGGUCCCCAGAUGUUGUUGAACUACAACUCCCAUCACCCCUAGCUAGCAAGGCCAGAGCUCAGGGAUGAUGGGACUUGUAGUCCAACAACAUCUGAGGACCCACAGGUUGAGAACCGCUGAGCUAUAGAAACAUAGGAAGCUGUCCUAUACUUAAGUCAUUGGGCCACUUAACUACAGCAGCUGGCAUCAGCUCUCCAGGGGUUCUGACGGGACAAUCCCAGCCCCAUGUGGAGAUUCUGGGGUUUGAACCUGGGACUUUCUGCUUGCAAAGUAGAUGCUAUAUUUCACUGAGCUGCAGUUCUUUUAUGGCCAAGAACUCAUUACACAUGCACUGGGUACAUCCAGACUAGACUACUGUAAUUUUCUGUAUGUAGAGUUGUUUCUGAAGACAGUCUGGAAACAGAUGCCAGGAUGCUUGUGAGGAUUAGGCAGUUUGAUUAUAUAACACUAAUUUUGUAUUAGUUGCGUUGGUUUACCUUUUUGUUUCUGGACUUAGUGCUGGUACUGAUUUCUAAAGUCCUAUCUCAGCCCCAUUAUUCAGGCAGCCAGGUCCCAGGGACAUGGCCUAUAUAGUGAUGUCCCUACCCUUGUAGAAUUUUUUCUCCCUAGAACUCUUUAAUUGGGUCCUAAAUAUUUAUUCUGUCUAGAUUUUGAUUUUUUGUUCCCUUCCCAUCAACUUUAUCAAAUGCUAUUUUUGUUAUGCUGUAUGUCAGUUCUGUUCUAAAAUUGUUUAUUGUAAGCCCUAAAACGCAGGGUAGAAAUUUAUCCGAUAAAUAAGUGAAUAGAAUGGGAAGAACUUCAUGAUCCAGGCUGAUUUCCCAGACACCCCCUCUCUCUUUCUCUCUCUCUCUUGUCAAAUGAAAAUCAUAAAGGGUUCCCCCCUUACCCACAAAUACAGGAGUUUUAAAGAUUUACAGAUCACUUCUGGCAAUUUCUAAAUAAUUGAAGUAUUUUGAGCAAAAGGAGAGAUCCAAAUUAUAUAUGUAACACUAGCUUUAAAACUAGUUUGGUCUGCUAAAAGGCAUUUUUAUUUUGGAAUUUGAGAGAAGUUGUAUCCUUGUGUGUACAGACUCCUCUAUACCCUUCCUUCCUUUCUUUUACACUGAUCUUGUUUUCUUUCUCCUUAAAAAAAAGAAAAAUAAGUUGAAAUUAUUUGGUUUGAUAUAAAUUCAGAAGGUGGAUAGGCUUUUAAACUGAAGUCUGAAGUUGCAAAGAAAACUGCACAUUUUAGUGCAAGGUUUCUUUAUCACAAUUAAAAGGCUGUGCUUGCAUUACCUCCCAUCUUGAGCAUAGCAUACUUUGAAUUAGUCUUUGUUUAUUCUUCAUAGUAGUUGUGCUGUUUGAUAGCACAUUAGAGGUCAUUCUAAAUAUCCAUAGUAUUGUUUUUUAGAAUUUGUCUUUUAAGACAUUUACUAACCUAUCUGUAGGUCUGUGUGGCACUGUGGUGCUUAUUCACUAAGUUAGCCUACACAGUAAAAGCUAUGGAUGUAUGGUAGUAAUCAAAAUAGCCGUCAAACUCUAGCUGUGUCUGUAAUAACAGGGAUCUCUUCAUAUUCAAGGAUCAUGCAGAAAGCUGUUGUUACUAAUUUUAUCCCAUUCUGCAAUAUGACAGGCACUUUAAACUUAAUGGUCUUUGUGUCAUAAGCUUACUUACAGCGGCUGUGUUUGCACAAUAUGCAUAGAACCACCUCAUUCUGGGGGGACUGUAAUAGGCCAACUGAAACAUAGCUGCUGAUGAGCUAAAAGGGUUUAAUUAACUCAUAGAAAGUAGAUUCCUUUGUUUCUACUAAAUAACCAUAAUGGUAUAUUGUAGGUUGUAAAAAUAAAACUCAUAUUUUCUCAAUGAAGUAUAUCUAUAUGUGUGUUUUUUCAAAGUUCUGAAUGUUUUGGUUAUUUGUAAAAAUGCUAAUGAUGCAAGGACAAAACCUUUGAAGUAAAAAUACUAGAUUUUUGUAUCAGAAAAGCAAUUUUAGUGUUUCUGUCAUUAUCUUUGUUAAUACAUUCCUAUUGUUUGUCCAGUAGAAGCCAGUAAAUCAUUGCAGUCUGUGUUUUGCUCUAAAGGCUAUAUAGUCAUGGUAGCAUCUUAUGAAGAUCUGCUACUUUGGCCUUGUGUAAUCAGGUUUUUAUAGUUAUUGUAAUAGGAACUUAUAGAAGAGGAUCUUUUUGUUCCAUCUUAAAACAGGGUGUCUUAAUGCCCAUGUACUUACUGAAAAUCUAGUCCUGGUAUAGGUGUCUUUAUAUUCCUGAAAUGAAAACUUGCAGCUUUUCAGAAAAGGACCACUUAGAAGGAAAUGACUUUCAAAUAGCUACUUGUGACCCCACUUCACAGGGUCACAAUUCUUUAAAUUGUAACUCUCCAAGCUCUCUCUUGCAAUAGGCGCCAGACAUUUGUUCCAAACUGAUGUGUUUAGUGGAUGAUGCAGUUCUGGAAAAGGUAUGUUCAACAUUUUUUUAAAUGAUGAUCCUUUCCCGUUUCUCUUCUAAGCUGUUUUAGGUGCUUCCUCUAUAUCCACCUGUGCAAAAUAGUUCUAUAUUCUGUGAAGUGCAUCAAGGAAUUGUGUGAAUCUGUGUUUUGGGCACAGGAUUUCAAUUAUAUGCUUUUCAAUAAUGUUUCUAUAAAAGCAUGUUACAUUAACUUGGUUUAUCCUUGAUCCAUUGACUCAGGCCUAUUCACUGUAUUUUAAUUUAGUGUGGAGUGUUCAUUGCCUAACUCAGACAGUAUUUCCUGUAUUCCGUGAUUGUGUGUUAGUGUAUAAUAAUAGAGAGGGAGAACUGGAGGCAAAUGCUGUAUAAAAAAUUAGUUGCCUCUUAUUAAUAUCUUGCAUUCAUUUUUAAGCAGCUAUAUAUUUGUGAUAUUAUGGAGUAUUGUGGUAUUUGUUGUUGUAUAUACCUUUGCAAUUAUUUACUUGAGAUUUUAUUUUUUCAUAUGUAAAGCUUCUACCCUUCAAGCAAGUGCUGUUGUUGGAUGCAAAAUGAUUCUUUAGCAGCUAUGAUUAUUCUUCUCCCCUGUCUAUUACUUGUAUCUUCAUAGCUUUUUGUUUGAAGUCUAAAUGUUCCUCAGGAGAACAAUUAGCACUGUGAUGAGAAUUGACAACCUUCUAUGGGAUUUUGUUUUAUUGGUGCUUCUGUAACUUUUGGAUUCUUUGAAAGCUGUGUGGGGGAAAAGUUAAAGCCAUUUUGUGCAUGUAGAGGUUUAUAUAAGUAGUUUGGUGAAUGAUUAAAAUUCUGGUUAUUUAAAAGGCAUGGUGUACAUGGUCAAGCAGAGAGAGAACUUUCAGAUGCAUCCAGGCCAUUUUAGCUUUUUCCUUGUCUGGGCAUCCCUGUGCUACCACCAUGUGGUAUUUACCUAUGUACCACAUUUUGAUCAGGCAACACUUCAGUUCAAUUGUAGAUUUGUAAGUUCAGUUGUAGAUUUGCUAGGAAACAUAUUUCAAUGCACAGCUGGCAGAAGAGGAAUGAUCAAAAGGUUGAGAACUGUUUCUCACUGUGUCUCUGUUAAAUCUACAAAGAAUUCAGGUUCAGCUUUUUAUGACUAUGGCACCUUGGUGUCAAAACAGAUGUGCAUUUCUUUUUUAAUACUGGGAAAAGCAACACUCUCUGUUUAAUAUCCCCCUGCUGCAAAUCUGCUGCUAAUCCUGCUGGGGGAAGGUGCAGGUACAUGUACGUUGACUUAAUCUUCCCCUCCAUUAGAAUAGCAGUCAAGAUUUAUUUUUUUUAAGUGGGCAUGGAGAAAAAGUGUAUUUUCUACAUCAAGCAGUGUAUAACUUUAAUGAAAUAAAUACAUAAAUAUAAAUAUUGUUCUCUUUUUUUCCUAGCAGUAAAACAUUUAUGCUUGGUAACUACUUGUGUUCUUUGCUUCUUCAGCAAAACAUUUAAUGAUUUGUGCCUACCUGAGAGCCAGUGGUUGGAGGGCUGCAGUUAGAAUGUUGUACCAGGACUGACCCAAUUUCAGAUUCCUUUCUCUUUCAUGACACUCCUUGGGAGACCUUGGGCCAGUCAUCACUCUAUUCCUAACCUUACCUUACAGCAUUGUUGUGACAAUAAAAUGUGCAUGGUAGGGAAUAAAUGUACACUAUCCUUCUCUCUAGGAAGGAAGGGUGAGAAAAACAUGUAAUACUUCAGUAUAUUCAUAGCAGAUUUGGUAUUUUCUUCCCACUGCCCAGAAAACUCAAAUGUUAUUAUCAAUAGCAAUCCACAGAAAUGGUGAAAUUGUCAAGAAUUCUAUUGCAGGUCCCAUGCAGAGUACCUUGGAUGUAAAUGAUCGCAAUCUACUUUUCUUCUAUCCACUGUCAUUAGUUGCCACCACUGCAAAACUGCCAGAUUGUUGGAUCCAGAUUUACUUCUGCAGUUACUGUUGGAAUGCCGUAUAGAACACAAAACUUGUAACAGAUUUAUUUUCAAAUAAAUUUGCCAUUAUUAAACCAUUUUAGAAAGUACAGAUUGGUCAUUCCAAUCCAUCUGUAGUGAAUAUAAUCGUGUAUGUUUUUUUAUUUUAGCUACUAAAAAUACUUUGCAUUGGUGUGUUUUUUUAAAAAAAGUGUGAAAUAUUUGUUAGAAAACAGAGAAAGGAAAAAAUCACUUUUGCUUGUUUUUUUAGUGUCUUCAGAAGCCAGAUAUUACCAGUGGCACAAAGGACAAGGAAUAUAAACCACAUGAUAUUCCUCAAAGACAGUCUGUUCAGCUGUCUGAAACUUGUCCACCUGCUCGUCGAGCAAAACGCAUGAGAGCAGAGGUAGGAUUGACUUUUCAUGUAUUGAUUUCUAAAAUGCCAUAAUUCAAAGCCACAGAAAUACUUUAUAAGUAGUUAUUUUCCUUGCCAGAAAUUAAACAGCAGUUCCAAUAUUUCCACAUCAUCGCUGCCUAUGGUUCUGAGGAGCACAUACAGUUUUAUUUAUGGACUGAUGCAGACAUACUCUUUAAGAGAUUAUGAGAGGGUUGUAGGAUCACACUGCCUUUCCUUGUGGGAACAAAUCUUUCAGCCUUAACCACAGUGAAGUCUUGUGUUAGCACUAACAGCAACUGGAUAACCAGGGUUCCCAUUUAACAAGGAUUUGAAACUAGGGUCUAGAUUUCACUAGCAUUUCCUCAUAUUGUCUGAAGCUGUUGACAUCUUAAGUAAUGCAGUUUAUAUUCAUACAACAUUUCUUAUACACAUUGGGGUUUAGAAUCUCUUGUCAUCUAUACAACAGCUCUGUAGAAUAUAUGUCAUAAUUUCCACUUUUGAGUAAACUGAGGCUGAAAAAUGCUGACGAUCCAGAAAUCAUGAGUCACGCACAAUUUUGGUUGCCCUUGAAAACCGAAGGCCUUAAGCAACAUAACAUUCUUUUGAAUUCCUACUAGAAUCUAGUUUAGGAAAAAUUUCCAUUUGGGUGUCUUAGACUAAGUGUAGCAUCCCUGAAGCUUUACAGUUCUCUGGAGAACCACCAAGGUGACUUAUCAAUUGUCUGAAUUGGUGUGUUUUUUGUAAUUUUAAUCAUAUACUAGCACAUCUGUUUUAAAGCAGCUGAAUCUAAACUUUCUGAAUAGUCUAGGAUGCAGCUUUAGCCUGGAUUGUGUGAAUUGCCUUGACUUUGACUUAGGCAUCCACCUACAGCUGUGCAGGAGCAAUAUCAGUACAUGAAACUCCUACCUACUUUUAGUAGGGAACAAAAUGUCUAUGAAUGGGACUUCAUUCUUCUAGUUUAUCAGUAAAAUAUUAAUUGUAGGUGUUGGAUACUUCAGGCAAACAUUCCUCAGCAUUGUCGUUACUGUGCUUCCAUAAGAGAAAUUCAAAUGCCAGCAGUUGAGGAAGGAGUCAGAAGCACUCCUUCCUUUUCACCUUUGCAUAAUCUUACUAUUGUCAUCAAUAAGUUAUGGGGCAGACUAUACAUUUGAACACAUCCAAAUAACUAUUCCAGGAGCGGUCUACUGUUGCAUAUUAUAAGCUCAUGACAGGUGAUUCUGUACUGAACAAAAAGGAAGAAUAAAUAAAGAUUAAGCUUAAUUCCCCUCCCCUCUAGGCUACUAAUAUUAAAACUGAUUUGGAGGAAGCUACAGAAACCAAAACUCACAAUUUGAGACGUAGAAUGGGAACCACACCUCCAAAGCUUGAGCCUGAAAGUGGUAAGUGUAUCAGUGGGGUGGGGGAAUAAAAUAGUAGGCAUUUGCUUUUUAACAUCCAAGUUAUAGCUUGACCAAUAUUCAUUUGGAUGUAGUAUUUGCCAAAAUUGUGGUGGCUUUGAAGCAAAACCUUUUAUUUUAAAAUAAAGCUUUGAAAUUUAUGAACUUGCUGACCUUUAACAAGAGAAAAUACAUUGCUGAGACUGUUGGUUUUUUAAAAUGUAACUGUAAAAAACAAAAACAAAUUGUAAGUAGGUGGUAGGCACCAUCUUAGAAGAACCUAUUCCCUUUCUCUUUGUUUUUACCUGACUUGCAGAUUUAAUAAAUUAAUAAAUAUUCACACAAUUUAAUCACUUAAGGAUUCUUUAAGUGGGUGACAGCCCUAUUUAAACUCUUUUAAAAGCAUUUCUAUUUUGUCUCAAACACUUUUGAGUAAUAUUUUCUAAAUGUAUUUUGCUGAAUCAGAUAAAGAGUCUCAAGGCCUUGUGAAACGGGAAACGGUUGAAAAAAAGCAACCCAUCUGGGAAACAGAAAGAGAAAAACCAAAGGGACGUUCUAAGAAAAGCUUUAAUGCAGUGAGUACUCUUCUCCCCCGCCCCCUUUAAUGCUGAUUGUAGAAAAUUAUGGGCUUGUAGUUUGAACUUAGUAGUCAGUAGAAAAAGAAUUUCUUGGUAUGUUGUAUUGUGAAAUACAGUGAUGCAAUACUUUUGAUUCUUGGUUAAUAUAGAAAAAAUAUGAUGUGUUAACUGUAACAUGUUUUUGCAAAAAGUUGAUCCAAAUGAGGUUCUACAAUUACCUCAUUCAUUUAGAAUGAGAUCUCAAUUUUGGCAUUCAGCUGUCCAGUAGACAUAUGGCAAAUUCCAUCUGAUAUCUGUGUCAUGUGCUUCAUCUUGCUAUGCAAUGGGAAAGCUGCUUUUUCUGAAAAGCUGAGAUGCAGGAAGCUUUGUAACUGUUACUGGAUCCUUUUUCUCUUCUAGGAGACAGACUGACUGCGUAUUUCUUUAUAGCAGCCACAGCUGAGAUGAUAAAAUGAGGUGGCUCAUGCAUCCCAUUAUGCUCCUUGAUGGAAGGGUGGGAUAACUAUUAGAAAAUAAGGGUGUUUUUGAUGGUAGCACACCAGGUUUUCUUUACUCUUUUUUUUCAUCCAUCUAUUCAUAGAUAACGCACUCCAAACAAUUGGGGCAUUAAUGGUGCAAUCCAAACCUGGCCUGGCAGCAGUAGGGUUUAAUGAAGUGGCAGGAUGCUUCUGUAUCCCUGCCACUCAAGCUGCCCAGGACCGAAGGUUGCACCAGUCUGGAGUUGGCACAGCUAUCAGGCUUGGGCCCAGUGCCAUCAAGUCACAGCAGUGAAGUCUUGGGGCAACACAACUGCUCCCCCAGAAUGCCCUGUUUUGGAGCUUUCUGUGGAGUGCUGCUAGUAGGUUAUACUUCUUCUCAAACAUUCAGUUCAUGAAUCUUCACCAGUUCAAAGGGCUUUUGGAUCACAGUGCUUCUAGCUUGAGAUGUUUGUAAGAAUAAAGAAAUGAAAUGAAAUGUGUUUCUGCAUACACAUGACAUGCCUACAUCAUAUCUAUCUGUCAAGUGUUUUCUUACCAAGAACCAUGCAUAGAAGUAAGCAAGGUAAUGAUGGGACCAAUCCCCCAUCCCUCACUUUGGCAAAUUUUUUUUACAGGUGGAUUUGUAUGUUUGUCUCUUGUGCGGCAGUGGUAAUGAUGAGGAUCGUCUGCUCCUAUGUGAUGGCUGUGAUGACAGUUACCAUACCUUUUGCUUAAUACCACCUCUUCAUGAUGUUCCCAAGGGGGACUGGAGAUGCCCCCAAUGCCUAGCUCAGGUAAUAAUAAAAUAUGGGUGAAAUAUCCCCCCCCCCCAGGGCUCACAAAUAUAAAAGGCCAGCACCCAAGUAGACUAAUAUACAUUAAGCAAAAAUCUUUGACUUCUCUUCUACCUUGGAGUUCACUGAGUGGUAUCCAAGUAAUAUGUCCCAUCAACACAAGGGUUUCCAGAGGUACUUAAUCUGCACAAGUGCCCUGCUCCUUCCCCAGAUCUGCUGUACAGGGUGUAUGGAGGUGUGGGGGGAGGAGUUCUGUUGCACAAGUAGUAAUCCAAGUAGUAAUCCUUCUUCUGAUGGGACUGCAACUUAAGGCUACUUUGGAGACAAUCCACUGUUGUACACCUUCAUCCUACCCAACCCCAUGGUGCAAUUACUCAUUCAGUAUAAGAGUUUAUUUAGAUUCAGCAUACUCCUAGAGCCCCAGACCCUUCUUAUCAUUCAACAAAGGGUUCUGGUGGCUCCAUUGUUCCUCCUGGAGACAAUUUAAGAUUUUUCUCAUCAUAGGGCACCCGCACAUACUAGUAUACAGUGGUGCCUCGCAAGACGAAAUUAAUCCGUUCCGCGAGAGUCUUCGUCUAGCGGUUUUUUCGUCUUGCGAAGCAAGCCCAUUGACGGAUUAGCGCUAUUAGCGCUAUUAGCGGUUUAGCGGCUAUUAAAGGCUUAAAGGCUUAGGGGAUUAGCUGCUAAAAGGCUAUUAAAGGCUAUUAAAGGCUUAGCAGAUUAGAUAAAGGGGGGGAAAAGCGAAAAAAAAAAACCUCAAGACUCGCAAGGUAUUUUCGUCUUGCGAAGCAAGCCCAUAGGGGAAUUCGUCCUGCGAAGCAACUUCAAAACGGAAAACCCUUUCGUCUAGCGGUUUUUCCGUCUUGCGAGGCAUUCGUCUUGCGGGGCACCACUGUAGUGUGUGUCUGCCUGGGUCUUGUUACAAAACCCCUUCCAAUACUGUCCUGUAUUUAUGGAGUUAAUUUCACUCCUCUUAUCAGUAGCUUUCCCACUUACCUUUUAGGCAGUUCCCUCUCCAAGGUUAAUUUAUGGGUCUGGGAUGUUAAGAGUGGCCUUCUACUAAUUAAUUUUUAAUGUCAGUUGCUCUGUGUCCCGGUCCAGCCUCAUUCUCUCCACACACACCCCGGCCAUACUCUUUUAUAUUGUCAGAAGGGUACAGAACAUGUGCAUGCUUGACAUCUUCUCUUACUCAGGUGAUUUGUUUUACCACUAUGGUAAAUGUACACUGCCACCAUGCUGCACUCCAUCCAGUUAUGGUCAGUUUUUAAUACAUGCCUCACAGGGACCUUUGGUUUAGAUAAUUAGAUGUGAGUGAUUGAACCCUGUGACCCAGGACUGAUGGGAAGCUCCCACUGUCAGCCCUCUGUCCCCCAAACUGCCAAUGAGCAUUCUCCCCAAUGGUUUGUACUCAUUUUGAGAAAAAGGUGGUGGAGCUUUUGAAGAGCACCAUCUACAUUUCUCUACUCCUUGUUUAUCCGUGUAGUGUAACCUGCAAUUCCUUUUGUCAACCUGUAAAAAUGGAUCCGUGCUAGUCCAUCUUGGAUGAAGCCCAUUUUGUUGUUUGUUUUAAAAAAUACUUGCUUUAUGUAUGGUAUGUUUUCUCUUUGUUAAUUCAGUGCUGUAUUUUAAUUACACAGGAGUGUAAUAAACCACAAGAAGCAUUUGGUUUUGAACAGGCAGCACGAGACUACACACUUCGCACAUUUGGAGAAAUGGCAGAUGCCUUCAAGUCAGAUUAUUUCAAUAUGCCAGUGCAUGUAUGUUCACACUUCUAAUGAGUCUGUUAACUUGGGUUUCAUUAUUGGGUUUAUUAAAAUUUGCAUUCAGGGGAAACUCUUGUGUUGGUAUCUAGAAAACAAAAAUGGAGAAUUUAGUUAUGAAUUUGGAGUGGGAAACAAAACGCUGGCAGUAGGGUUUCUAUCUCAUCCUUAUAAAGUGGGUGGCAAUGCGAUUAUUUAUAAGACAGAAUGGCAGCUGUUUCCCAUUUGGUUUUUUACAUGAUAAAGUUGAAGAUUCAGAAUUGACACUCUGGGCAGAACCAGUGUGGGGAAGGAGUUAAGGUGUUGAAAGAUUCUUGCCUCCCUCUCCCACUGCUAUCCUGGCAUUUUAAAGGAAUUCAGUGUAGCUUGCAUUUUAAUGAACAGGUGGCUACUUUAACAACUUGACGGCCCCAGAAAGGAUUUAUAUCCUGCUUGGUACUUAUUUAUUUGCCAUGACACUUCCAUACCGCCCAUCAGCUAAGUCCUUUGGUAUUAGUUACUACCUGACAAACUUAUCUUGUCACCUUUUCUAAUGUUUCCUCUAGCAUUUAUUCUGAUUUAAUGCAUUUGUUAAAAGGGUUUAACACUGAGUUGUGGAGUACAAUAUCUUCUAACAGUACCAGUGUAAAUAAUAAUUUUUUUUUACUGACUCCCUAAAACUGCAUGUGUUUGUAGUAACAGAAAGCAAGUACUGACCCCUGCAAAAUGUUGCAUGCAAGUAUCACUGGUCAUUUCAUGUAUAAUUCUUAUUGAUGCCCAUUAGAGACUGUUAAAUCUAUGACCCUAGGAAUAGGAUUUCCCCAACCUAAAAUAUUUUAACUAUUAACCUGAGAUACCUGAAUCAUCCACUGGUCCAUCUCAUCUUUCUCAUUGGCAUGUCUCUAUUCAUGCAAGGACCCCCAAGUUUCUUUCUAUGUGGCACUUCAACUGGUCCAGGGAAAGUAUGAAAGUGGUAUUUUCCUUCGUUUUCAUGGUUUUCACCACUAAGGUGCACUUCUAGUUCCUUUCCAGCUCUCUGUGUCUGUCUGGUUUCAUUGAGGCCUCUCCUACUUGUAUUUGCAGCAUACCUGCUACAUUCCCCCUGUUUUUUGAUAGGGGAUGGCAUUCUGUGUUAGGGAUAGUAACACUUAACCCUCACCACCUCACAAUUCCGUUUUGGCCCUUUAUAUUUAUAACAUGCUGCUGUUUUAUUUUUUGUUAGUAACUUUUACCUGCCUCUUGUUCAGAUGGUUCCUACAGAAUUGGUUGAGAAAGAGUUUUGGCGUCUUGUUAGCACAAUUGAAGAGGAUGUUACAGUGGAAUAUGGUGCUGAUAUUGCUUCAAAGGAGUUUGGCAGUGGGUUUCCUGUGAGAGGUGGGAAAAUCAAAUUAAAACCAGAAGAAGAGGUAAGAUUUGAUUAUUAACUUAUAUUUGGCAUGUGGGCUGUUUAGAAACAUAUAUAAAAUUUCAUGGAUUCAAAGUAGAAAUGAGCAACUCGGGCUGGCCUCAGCCUUUUGGCGGUUUCUCUGCUUGUGAAUUAGGUGGUUGUUAAUGGUAUUUUUCAGUUCCAAAAUGGCCAUCUUGCUGAUUCUCCAAGAGGAGGGAGGAAAGCACUUUGCUAUCACUUUAGACGUGAAUGAGAUUCUGGAACAACAAUAUACUCCCCCAGAUCAAGCACUUCCUUUCCAAUGUGGUAAAAUAAGCCAAAAAUAUCCCAGAUGGGAAUAAUUUGAAGCCAAUUACUUAGCUGCUCAGAGUUUCUAUGCUUAUUUCAACCAUGGAAGCUUUUAAACUAGCUAUUUAGUUCAAAAUCACAAUCUUUUGUUCACAUACUAUUUUUUUUUAACAAAUCAUCCAGAUGACUUGGCCAUCAAGUGAUUGUUGUUUUGGCUUUGUCUUGUUUGUCUCUCAUUCCUUUUUGGAGCACAUAAAUUCCAACUAUUGCAAGGGGAGGGAAUCAGAAGACCAUUGUAGCCCUGGCUGGUGUACAUCACCUUGGUCCUACAGUCCCAUACCUCCCUUCAUUACAUUUCUAGCCCAGGUUUCCCACCCACCCUUCCUUGUUGCACUGGAAUAGAAUUACUGUCAUAAUUCCACCUGACCCCCUGCCCUUAGACUCCAGUUUGAAGGAAGAGGACUUUGUGUGGCAUAAAGCUGGGGAGGUUUGCAAAACAGUGAAAUACCUUUUGCAAAUGAUUCAAAGACACUAUGAAAUCCCCCUCCUUUCUCUGAUUCAUAUGGCACUGGAGUUAGUGGAACACCCUCCCAUCAGAUGUCAAGGAAAUAAACAACUAUCUGACUUUUAGAAGACAUCUGAAGGCAGCCCUGUUCAUAAAAGUUUUUAAUGUUUAAUGUUUUAUCGUGUUUUUAAUAUUCUUUUGGGAGCCACCCAGAGUGACUGGGGAAACCCAGUCAGAUGGGUGGGGUAUAAAUAAUAAUAAUAUUAUUUGUUUGUUUCUUGAAAUCAGUGAGAGGUCCUGCUGCUUUUCAAGGCUGAGAAGGGAAGAUCUCGCUCUCUCUUGCACUGGGCUGUGAUGGAAAGCAGCAGGAUCUCUUGUUGCUUUCUGAUUUCUGCAGCUUCAUGUGAGUUAGAAAAGGCAGGGGAAAAUCCAUGCCAUCUGCACUGAGAGAUAUUUUACUGUUCUGAUGUUCAGCACAUCAAGAAAAUGUGGGAGGAAGGAAUAAUCCAGGGUGGGAAAACCUGUGGCUCUCCUGAUGUUAUCGGAUUCCCAUCAGCCUCAGUCAGUAUGGCUAGUGGCCUGGGAUUAUGGGAGUUGGAGUCCAGAGAACCACAAAUUCCCUGCUCCUGGAUGAACCCUUCUUGCAUCCCCUUCUCUUCAUAAGUUCUGUAAAAUUACAGUUGUGUGUGGACAUCCACAUGUACCCAUCUUCAUUUGGCCCUUCAGCAUACGGGUGGGCAUUCCUGGAUGCUAAUGGAAAUGAAGCAACAGUAUUAACUGCAGUAAGGAACCAUUAUUUUUAUUUUAUUUUACAGCUGAGAAUUAUACCUCAGCAAUGCUAAGACAUCCUACUUCCAAGCAGCCCAGGUGAUCUGUAAUACAUGUAUUAGGACACAAGUGCAAUAAGAACUUAAUAGGAAUAUUAAUUUAUUUUACUGGAAAAGCUAAUGUUAAAGCAAUAGCUAGACUUCGGGUGGUAAAGUACCCAUGCAAUAUUCUAUGGCAUUUUUUAAAGUUAUCAGAUUAGAAAAAUGUCCUCCUCAAAUAGAAAACUGCUUUUUAAAUGUGGUUUGUGUUAAACCUGUGGACUCUCCCAUUUGCUUUGCUUUCAGGAGUAUCUUGAUAGUGGAUGGAAUUUGAACAAUAUGCCUGUGAUGGAACAGUCUGUACUUGCUCACAUCACUGCAGAUAUAUGUGGAAUGAAGUUGCCUUGGCUAUAUGUAGGGAUGUGCUUUUCUUCAUUUUGCUGGCAUAUUGAGGAUCACUGGAGCUAUUCCAUCAACUAUCUGCACUGGUGAGUUUAUAGGGAAUGGAACAUAUAGAUAUGUUUGUGCAACCUGAUAUAUAUAGGUCACCAGACUAAAUUAUAAUGUUUCCUUUCCUUUUAACAUUAAUAUCUAGGUAUUUGUAUCUCUGCAUACCUAAAUUGUCUCCCCACUUAUAGGACAUAAUUAUGAUCCUAAAACCUGCAAAUGGUUGAUUAUUGUAGUUUAUCUGCUUUUUUAUGUUUGCAGGGGGGAGCCUAAAACAUGGUAUGGAGCCCCAGGAUAUGCAGCUGAGCAACUGGAAGAUGUAAUGAAGAAGUUGGCUCCUGAGCUAUUUGAAUCUCAGCCAGACCUUUUACACCAGCUGGUUACAAUUAUGAAUCCCAAUACAUUAAUGUCUCAUGGUGUGCCUGUAUGUCAUUGAGCUUUUGUUUUCACCCCUACCCCUUCUAGUGCAAAGUUCAUAGCUUAAGCAGUUGUUUUGUAGUACCUGACAAACUUCAAGCUUUUUUGCAAACACUAAUAGUUGUGAUGUUUCAUGAGGUAUAGCUAUAGAAAGAGCAAUACUGUCCUUGCUUCUCAAUAAUUAAUUUGAAACUAUCAAAACCAAUUUUUGUUUGCUGUUCCAAGCUCCUAUUGUGCACAAAAAAUGAGCACAAUUCCACAGUGGAAGAUUAUUAAUUCCUUUGUUACACUUUGCUUGCUUUUUGUGCAAAUUAGUCUCCAGGUAGGAAUUCUGUGACUGUAAAAUGAUGUAAUGAUUUUUCUUCAAGGGCACUAUUUUGGAGUAAUUCCUAUAAAGGUGGAAAGUUACAUCAGAAUGCAAAAUAUAAACGGAAAGAGUUAUUAUUAGUUUUUCUUCUCCUCUCCCUCUCCUUCUCCCAAUACUACAAAGCUUUAAAGGUGACUUGCAGAAGUAAGAUAUAAACAUUCUACGCAACAAAACAUCUGGUGUGGAUAAUACUGAGCUAGAUGGACCAGUGGUCUGACUUAAUGUGAAGAUGGAAGCAUCCUUAUAACAGUGAUUAUAUACCAAUUAUGAGCUAUUGAAAUCCCCCUUCCCCUGCUGCAACAGUAAGAUAACCAUUACAAUAGGGAGCUAACAAAACUCUUCAAGUAGCAAGAGAAAACAUUUUACAAUAAAAUGCCGAGGAGUCUUGGCCUGGUGCCAAAAGAUGUGGAGUUAUGGAUUGUUUACAUACCACUUUUUGGCUCAAAACCCCCCAAAGCAGUGAAUGACAUAGUAGUACAAAAGAAAUAUACAAAAGAUAAAUCAAAACAAUAUAAAAUAGCUAAAGCACCAAACUCUCCUGAUCACAUUUGAGAGUUGCAUUCAUGUUUUCGCCACAAAAGCAGCUCCACAGCAUUACGCAUCCCAUUUAAUUUGCAUCGUCUUGUGCAGCACCAGUAGCAUGCUGUCACUGGAAAACAGGUUGUAGGCUGGGUAAAACAGGUUGUGUCCAACUUGGUUUUACUCGCAGCAGAGACAUUGAUUAGUUACUUGAACGUUCUCUUUGUACUAUUACAAAACUUUAAUAAACAUGUUUAAAUAAAAAAGAGCAAACCUGUUGCAAUGACUAGCUCUGGGCUAGUCAUGUUCAUUAAUUUCAGUGGCUCUGCGCUGAGUAAAAGCUUAGUUGAAUAGCUUCCUUAAUAUUUAGCCCCUUUAUGUUUGCCAACAUAAUGUGACAGGGAGCGUAUUAGAGUUAGAGGCUGAGUCACCUGGAUAAUUGAACCCCUCAGUAUCCAUGGGUUUCGACAGCUGUCCCACUUUGCGAACAGCAGUGACUUCUUUCUGAUAAUGAUGAUGGCUGUCAUCAUAGAUAGCUUGAAAGAAAGGCUUGGACAAACUCACAGGAUAUUUCUGUCAGCACCAAAUAGAUUUGAUAUGUAAAUGUACAGAAGCAGUCCAUACUCCUGGAUACCAGAUGGUGGGGACAAAGAACAUGGAGGGUUGUUUCUCCCUUUACACCACAUUUAUGGGUUUCUUGGAUGCAACUGAUUAACUAUGGUUAGAAUCCAAAUGGAUGCUUGGUCUGAUCUAGAUGGCUUUUUAAAAGAUUCCUAAAAAUUCUAAAUUUUCAACUUCAGCAUUUUCUGGUUUGCUUUGCUUUGCCAUAGAUUUACCGUACCAACCAGUGUGCUGGUGAAUUUGUGAUUACGUUUCCAAGAGCCUAUCAUAGUGGCUUUAAUCAAGGUUUCAACUUUGCUGAAGCUGUUAAUUUUUGCACUGUUGACUGGGUAAGUUUUCCAUUUUAUUGCCAUCUUGUUGGAAAGCAUAUUCUGAAAUUUGAAGGUGUGGCCAUUGUUUCCUUUAACCUUCAAAACACUUCUGUGAGUUGGAUCACAGUGUGGAUAGUAUGAGUUUUAUUCUUUUUUUAGAAUAUGAAAUCCGGUUUUAAAAGAUCUUGCUGUAUUCUUUGGACACCUUGUCAUCAUCUCACCUUAAGAAGCAAACGAAUGUUAUACAUUUUGUUUCUGAUUCAAAAUUUUGUAGAAGGGCUUCAUUGUGCAUAUAGCAUUCUUGACUGCCGAGAUCUUCCAAUCCACUGAAGUAAAAUGGAUAUAUCUCUGCUGAUGUAUUCCAAAUUGUGUGAAUGGUUGAAACAUUUCAGCUGGAAGUGUGCUGCCAAGUUUCUGGUUAUGCUUCAGUUUUGUACAUAGCACUGUACAAUCUUAAUUAGCGUUGAAUUCCUUUCUGCAGAGAAUGGUUUUAAAUAUUUAUUUGUACAGGGUCCUAGAAUGGGCUGUGCUUACCUUGUUUAUUCUGGAUCAAGUGGACUGCAUUAAUUUAAUAUUUUGGCCAGUGAUGUAUUGGCAAGAACCUGUUGCUUUAUACAGCUUCACCUCUCCUGAGAACAUUAAGAAAAUCUGUUUAUUGUAUUUUUUCUUCUAGUUGCCAUUAGGACGUCAAUGUGUGGAGCACUAUCGCUUAUUAAACCGCUAUUGUGUGUUUUCUCAUGAUGAAAUGAUAUGCAGAAUGGCUGCCAAAGCAGAGACUCUUGAUGUAGUGGUAGCAUCUACUGUUGAGAAAGACAUGGCUAUUAUGAUUGAAGAUGAAAAGGCUUUACGGGAGGCUGUGUGUAAACUGGUAUGUUUUAUGAAGUUAAGCGAUUAGCAGUGAAAUUGUUUCAAAGCAAGCAGUUCAGUGGUAGCAACCUACUUUGCUUGCAGGUCUCUCUAAGCAGGCCAUCUCAGAUCCCUGGGCCACUUACAACUUUUGAGGCCCCCUAGCCAGUGGUGGCUUACUUCUGAGAUCCACUGAGUUCCAUGGGAUUGCUCUUUGAUAAGUAUGUACAAGAUUGCAGCCUGAAACCGCUAGUGUUAAAGUUGCCACACAAGGGCCCCCAUGAACUUCCAAGCUAUGGGAAAAAACAUUUUUUCCUCCCAAGUUAUUCACUUCAAUACUUAAAGUGGUGUUGAAUAUUGAGUGGAAUGGGACUUGAGAGAUAAAGGGUUAAAAACACGGCUCAGAUGGAUGAGACCUCCUGGCCAUAGGAGUACUUUUGGACUGAGUGACUGAGUUGUGCAGAAAGUUGAUAGGCCAGUGAACAGGAGCUGGAGAAGGUCCUCCUGGAGAAUACACACUUCUCUCAGAGUUUAAAUUGGUUGUGGAAGGAUAUAUGAAACAGGAAAAAAUGGGCCUUUGCGAUUUUUGGGGGGAGGGGUGUUAAAAAGCACUUGGUGUUUUAAGCCCUGGUUGCCCUAACGGCUCCACUGCCCCAGCCAUAAUAACUAUGCAACAUGACAACAAACAAAAACAAAAUAAGGAACCACAACAGAAAAAUAGACAUAUUUUGAUUUUUUUAAAAUUAGGCUUUUCUACCCUUUUCCUGUGGAAAUGCAUAAAUUACUGAGGUAAAAUGGUACUUUCAUGUAAAACGGCAGUUGAUAUUAAGCAUAUGACAGAAAUCCAUAUCAGUUAAACAAAAAUGGUGUCUUUUAGCAAAUCAUCCAUUUGUUUAAAUUUGCAUUUCUAAGCUGGGAGGGUGUGUCGCAAUCUGGUCCAAUGUACAUAAAAACGAGUUGUGAAACAUCAAAUUCCCCCAAAAUAACAAGUGUUGAAUUAAAUUUGAGGCUUCCUUUGAACUUGAGGCCUCGGGGCAAAUGGCCCUCUUAGGUCCCUCUCUGUUUGGCCCUGCUUCCAGGUUCAAUUUCAGCAUCUCUAGGUAUGGCAGGGAAUGUCCCUUCUCUCAAACAUGCCAACCAGUAAUGAGGUAGAUGGAUCAAUGUUCUGACACUGCAUAAGGCAGCUUCCUACAUUUCUAUGUCCUGUACUCUCAACUAGCAAGGAGAGAGAUUCCUACUUCUAUUCCUUGCAUGGUAGCUGCCUCAUGAAUAGUCCAUAUUAGAAAAAACAAUCAGAAUGUUUGGUCGUUAAUGCAGGUAACAUUUAUUUUUUUGAAAAGUUUUAUUGUUUGUUUACUAACUUUGGUAAGGUAAUUAAUGUCUUAGCUAUUUAACUUCACUAUUUAAAAUCCUUAAUUCCAAAAAAUGAUAAUUGUUGAUAAUUUUAAUCUACACGAUGGGGUAAUUUACUCAUAAAUGUACAGUUUACAUGCAGUGAAUCAGUUUAUUUUUAUGGAAAGUAGCUAUGCCUGAAUCUCUCAGGAUGGUACGUUGCCAUUCUUGAAAUUUACUUGCAUCCAUGAACUGUUUUGUUUUUACUGUCCUAUGAAGUGAAUGACUGUUGUUUAUUACAGGGGGUUACUGAUUUAGAGAGAGUGAAUUUGGAAAUAUUGCCCGAUGAUGAACGACAGUGCAUAAAGUGUAAAACCACUUGUUACAUGUCUGCAGUCUACUGUUCUUGUAAUCCUGACUUAUUGGCAUGCCUGUAUCAUGUAGAGGACCUCUGCACAUGUCCCGCUUAUAAAUACAAAAUGGGGUAAGAUUAUGUUUGCAAAAUCUAUUCCGAGGAAUUGAAAUGUUUCUCUUAAAGUAUAAUUGCAUUUCUUUUUCCUGCUUUUGCUGAAUAUUGUGUGUAAUAAAAGAUUGCAUCUUAGAAGCUUAAACAACAAAUUUUGUUUGGUUUAUUAUCACAGCCUGUAAUAGGUUAGAUUUUUAAAUAAACAGCAACAGAUCAUAGUUGUAUAUAGGAGGGAGGGAAGUUACAGAAGCAUAGCUUUUUCUGGGGUAGUUCUAGGUGAAUUCUUUGCAUUUUCAGUUUCAUUUGGGGACAGGCAAUGUAUCUUUUGGAUUUGUUCCCCCCUCAGUGUUUAGCUAAUAAAUACCUUAAUAUUGUAAUACAUUAUUUUGGAAGUAGUUGUUGGAUUGAAAAAAUGAUAUGCUUGGUCUAGCUUAUGUGACUUAAGUUAUGUACACCUUUUCUCUGUAGUUGAUUUUAUGACUUCCUUCCCAAGUUUUCCCCGUCCUUAUUGCUCUAAAAUACUGUAUCUCUGAAAAGCAGGUACAAACUACCAGGAAGUGUUUCCAUGCUGCUGUUUGCCACUGUGUAGGUUAUUGGGGGUGGGCGUGUUAUAUAGACAUGGUUGUGUUGCAGACCUGUUGCUGCAGUUAUCACACUUCAGGGGUGUGUGUGUGUGUGUGUGUGUGUGUGUAUACAUACAUACACAUCACACACACACACACACACACACACACACACAGCCCUGCCAUUUGAUUUACCUGUUAUCCCUUCCUUCUAAAGCAGGGGUUGAGGAGAAAUUUAAAGAGUAGAGUGAUGCGUCAUCUCCGGAGGAGGAAAAAACUUAAACACGUAGCAGAGUUCCCAAAAAAUAGACCAGAGGCCAUUGUACUUCAUCCAGCAGAGCUUUACUUGCUACUGAAGGCAAAUGGGCAUAAUCUCAUUUGCAUGGAAUAAUAAUAAUUUUAUUAUUUAUACCCCCCCCCAAUCUGGCUGGGUUUCCCCAGCCACUCUGGGUAAUUUAUAGCACAUAUAAAAACGUAGUAGAAUGUCAAACAUUAAAAAAAUUCCUGAUACAGGGCUGCCUUCAGAUGUCUUCUAAAAGUUGUAUGGUUCUUUAUCUCAUUGACAUCUGAUGGGAGGGUGUUCCACAGGGAGGGCAAAGGUGAAAGCAAAUCCCUCCCCAUCCCAUUGUUUUUGGAAUCACUUCUCCACAGCUGUCUGGACCUUUGGACCACUUCUGUGGUCAGAAGUAACUCUUGAUGAGAGAAGAAUAGAUGGGGGAAACUGUACAGGCAAGUUCAGUUCCCUGUCUUCCUGCACUUUAAAACUUGUCCUACCCCAUAGGGAAUUGACAGAAUGUGUUACCCCCACAUCUUUUCUCCUUUCCUUUUCCUCACCCAACAAAUAGUAAAUAAAAAUAUGUCAAUAUGAUGUAACUGCAUCACAGGCUCAGUGAUCCCUAGUUCACAUUAUUGAAUUCUGGCUGUGGAGGUGGGGAAGCUUUAAAACACAGUGACAUUGCAUCAUUCAUUUUUGUUUCUUAGCUGUUAGAAAGGGGAGAAGUGGGGCUGCUACCUUUGGCAGUGGCUACAGUCUCCCUAACAUUUCAGCUUACUGUGCAGAUUGUAGUAGAAUAGUACAUGCCAAAAUGCUUCACUUAGAAUUUCAAAUUUGCAAGUCUUUAUUGAAAUUCUGUACUAUUUCCAGAUAUCGUUACACAUUAGAUGAACUCUAUCCAAUGAUGAAUGCACUUAAGCUGCGGGCUGAAUCCUACAAUGAAUGGGCUUCUAAUGUAAAUGAAGCUUUGGAGGCAAAAGUUAAUAAUAAAAAAAGUAUGUAUCUUUACCUUUUUGUUUUGUGCUAUGACUACAUAUUGUCAAAUGUUAUUAGUUUGAUAUUACCUUUUUUUAAAAAAUAUUUUUUAUUAACCGACCAAUCACAUCAAAUCAAACCAAAUUACAUAAAUUCCAAAUUACAGAGCUGAAUUUUAAAUUUUUGUUGGGGGUACCUAUAUUUCAAGUUCCAAAGGGGAUCCAAUCAUCUUCCUGCUGCUGCUUUAAUGUCCACAAAUCUGUCCAUAUGAUGUUCACAAUACUGUCCAGUCCUUUCUUAUUGUUUUCCACAUCUCCUCUUGUUAUUCUCAUAUAUUUUUCCUUUCUCUUUGUGACCUCUGAUGCUCUCCAAAGCGGGUUAAAACAAGUUGUAAUCCUGUGUGGAUAUUUUUAUUCAUUCAAGAACCAUAUUCAGACGGUUUCCAUAUAUCAUCACUUCCAUAAAUAAAAACAGUCUUACUGUCGUUAAUCUUCACAAGUCUGUUGCCUUUCUCCCAACCUCUGAGGAGGUUCACCAGGAAUGCAGUCCAAAAACAAAUCCAUUCCUCCUCCCAGUUGUAAAUCCUUCGACAAAGCCUGGCAAUAUGGCGACUGUUUUUAUUGCUGCAUCACUCCAAAAGCUCUUAUUCUUUACUCAAUCUCCAUAAAACAUACUUUUGGUUAAAGUUCAUUUCCACACAGUCCUUAAACAUCCUGCUUAGGUCAGUUAGCCGACGGAUCCAGUAGUGCCCUCACCACUUUCACCACUAGUGCCCUCACCACUUUCUUUCGAAUCUGGGGGUAAUUUAUGGGCACAGCAGGCAAGGGCAGUGUUCCCCAUAUCCCUGGGGCAACAAGGGAGGCUGCAUACUCCCAUAACAGCCUCUUAAUUACCUCGUGUGGGCUGGAGAGAUGUUAUUGUCAGCCAUCUUCCAAUGUGCCCCUAGUGGCCCCCCCUAGUUUGAUAUUAUCAGGCUGUUAUUUAUCACACGUACCCAGAAAUUCCACUAAGUUCAUUGAUACCUACUUUCCACUAAAUGUACAUAUGACUGCAGCCUAGUUCUGUAUAGGUUGAAGAUGAACAACCUCAUCUGUUACCAAGCCAGGUUCAAGCUUUUUGUAUUAAUUUACAAAGCCCGGAACAACUUAGGUCCAGGGUACCCAGAGCUCUCCUGAACCCUUUUCCCCCAGCUCAGUCACUGAAAUCAACUGCAGGAAUGCCAUUGGUCGUUCCCCAAGUUAAUGAAGGCUCAUUUUACAACUAUCAAAGGCCCAAUCCUGUGGAAUACUCUGCUAAUAGAGAUUCACCAGGCCAUGUAGGCAACUAAGAAUACAUUCUUCCACAGUGUUUAAUUAAUGUCUGUUUUAUACUUUUUUAUAUGGUUUUUAAUGUACAGUUUUAUAUUUUAUUGCUGUAAGCUGCUUUGAUAUACCGUAUUUUGUCAUGUAUAAGACUAGGUCUUUUCCUAAAAAAUAAUGUCAAAAAUUAGGAGGCGUCUUAUAAAUCUGAGUCCCCCGAAAUAGGGGGAUCUUAUACAUGGGGGCAUCUUAUAGAUGGGAAAAUAUGGGAUAUAUUUUAAAGAUUUUGCAGUAUUUUAAAUAAAUAAAUAAAUAAAUAAGAAAGUAGAAUGGUUUACUAUAAAAGUGCAGACCCAAAAUAGUGCACUUUACUAUUCUAAUGACCAAAAAUUUUGGUUCUUGCAAAGGUCUCAUGAAUUUCAAAGCUUUAAUUGAAGAAUCUGAAAUGAGGAAGUUUCCAGACAAUGAUUUGCUGCGACACCUUCGUUUAGUUACUCAGGAUGCAGAGAAAUGUGCCUCAGUUGCACAACAGCUUCUUAAUGGCAAACGGCAAACUAGGUAUGUUUAAUAUGUGUUUUGUAGCUUGAUUUCAAAUUCCCAGGGGGUUUAUUAGGAAAACUUGCUUCAUGUCUUUAAAUUAUUGUGAGUGUUUAAACAUUUUUUGCUUCUAAAAAUGCUGAAUACAACCCUACAGCAUAAAGUGCUGAAAAUAGCUAAAUUACCUACAUUUUUAUUGAGGUUAAAUGUGAAUAGAAACGUGCAUAUCUGUGCUUGGCAUCAUCAGUUACUAUGAUGGUGGGCAUUAAAGGUAAAGGGACCACUGACCAUUAGGUCCAGUCGUGACCGACUCUGAGGUUGUGGUGCUCAUCUCGCUUUAUUGGCCAAGAGAACCGGCGUACAGCUUCCGGGUCAUGUGGCCAGCAUGACUAAGCCACUUCUGGCAAACCAGAGCAGCACACGGAAACGCCGUUUAUCUUCCCGCCGGAGCGGUACCUAUUUAUCUACUUACACUUUGACGUGCUUUCGAACUGCUAGGUUGGCAGGAGCAGGGACUGAGCAACAGGAGCUCACCCCAUUGCGGAGAUUUGAACCGCCGACCUUCUGAUUGGCAAGUUCUAGGCUCUGUGGUUUAACCCACAGCGCCACCCGUGUUGGUGAUGGGCAUUACCUGAAGCUAUAAAAUAGCUGAGCAAAGUUCAAUUUCCCUUUGGGAGGAGUGCAUGUUUGCAGCAAAUAACACAGUGAAGUAAUUGUUUGUUCAUUCUGCUGUUCUCAGAUAGCCACAAUGACCUAAUUAAUAGGAAAUGGCUGCAGACACUCCUGCAUCAUCAAAGGAACCUUGGUGGCAAUCUCCCAUAUCUUGAGGGGAGGGGUGUUGGCAGGAACAGAGUGUAACUUUCCUAGGCUUCUUUUAGCAAUGGUAAACACCAGAGGAGAUUAGAAGGAGCAAAACAGGAGUGGGAAAAGACACAGAGGCAAGCAUCACAUGGUGCUGAAGAAAAUGCUUUCUUUCAAAAGCACUCAAGUUUUCUAUUUUUAAACUUAAUGCAUUUUGAGUGCACCAGUUCUUUCAGUGACAGUAGCAGCUUCUCAGUUUUUGAAUGGGGAAUUUAUGUUUGGUGUGGCGGUAGACAAUUGGAAUGAGCAUGGUAAGCAGUAAGAUGGCCAACAGUGACACCAAAUUAUUCAAGGUAGUAAAAAUAAAAGAUAUGUCUCCUAACUGGGCAUUAAAAUGGGAAAUACAGCUCAGUGCAUGUAAUUGUAAAGUAACACACAUUGGGACUAAAUAAAACAUCACUGAUGGGCGAUUGGACGUGGUUUAGAGAAAAUGGCAUUGCACACCAGUUUUGACUCAGUAGUGGACCAGGUUUGGCCUGCAAACUGGAUGUUCUCCACCCCUAGUGUACAGAAAGUGGAGAGAUGUCAUCCAAUGAAGCUAAAUGAUGGGAGGUUCAAGACAGAUAAAAGGGAGUACUUCUAGAGCUAAACCCUGGAAUUCACUAUUGCAGGAUCUGAGGGUGGCCACCAGUUUAGCUUUUUAAGGAGAUUAGGCAGAUUCAUAGACAAUAGCAGUGGCUACUACUCAUGGCUGCAUGCUGUCUGCAGGUUCCAAGGGUGGCAUGCCUCUAAAUAUUAAUAAUUGUGGGGUAACAGUGGCUGAGAACUUUCCCCAUGAUGUCCUCCUUGUGGGCUACCCAUAGACAUUGGGUUGGCCACAGUGGGAAACAGGAUUCUGGACUAAUAGACUUUUGGUCUGAUCCAGCAGGGUUCUUCUAAUGUUCAUGUGUUGCAGUGUGUUUGUAAAAAAAAUUAGACCAUUUUCUUCUGCUCCUUUAAGAUUUGCCAUUGUUGUAUGAAACUUGUGUUGGCCUCAUUAUUCUCUCAGAAGAGUAAAAUUAGCACAUUCACACUUCACUUGGCAUUGACCACACGCUGUUCCCCACCCCUAGCUUAUAUGAAGUUUAAAUAGCAGGUGAAAAAGUAUCAAUUGCAACAAAAUUCCAUCUGCUGUAGGAAUUUCAUUGAAUAGUGGGGCAGAAAUCCCUUUUAAAAAAUCAUUUCUGAUUAUGCAAAUAAUUGGAAGCAUGUUGUAACUAUGUCUGUGUGAUUGCAGGUAUCGGUCUGGAGGAGGAAAAUCUCAAAAUCAGCUGACUGUGAAUGAACUCCGUUUAUUUGUUAGGCAGCUCUAUGCUUUACCAUGUGUCAUCAGCCAAACAACAUUGCUGAAGGUAAAUUAGAGUGCUCCAGAUAAUAAAUACUAAGAAAACAGACUCAGAUUUCUGAAUGUUCCAAGAAUUUGGAUAGAGAAACAAAUGCCACUUGAGCCAACAACUUAUUGGGAAUAAACAAACCAUAGUUAAGCUGUUGGGCAGGGUUUGGGCAAUCAAACAGUCAGGGCAAGUAACCUUUAUUGGCAUCACAUAAGAACAUUCAGAAUACAUUCAGAAUAGAUAGGCCAGUACGAUCUCGUCACCACCCCAACAGCACAGUCACCUGCCAAAGGGCGGAAGAGGCGAGCAAUCCGCCUCAUCUCUGUGGGUUUCCAGCAAGGGCAGGAUCCUGUAGCAUACUUCGGCGACAAAAAAAUCAAAUAGAGGAACUUAGCUACUGUCUUGGUGAGCUCCUGGUCUCUCCCCCUUGGUGAGCUCCUGGGCUCCCCAAUUUUAGUAUAUGUGCUCGCUUCGGCAGCACAUAUACUAAAAUUGGAACGAUACAGAGAAGAUUAGCAUGGCCCCUGCGCAAUCAAACAAACAGUGGUUUUAAUAAACCGUGGGUUAGUGUUUUGUGCAAACCAGACAUAUAUCAUAUUUUGGUGUAUGUAUUUGAACAUAGUUUUAAAUGAAUGUAAAUUGGCAGGUCUGCAUUACUGAUUUUCUAUGCUUUCUUUGUGUAGAAACCUUACCCCAGGGAGUUGUCACUUCCUAAGAACAGGAAGAAUAUUAAUUCAGAUUGGAGCUCUCCCUGACCAAAAUCCAAAUCUAAUAAAGUUGACUUGGUUAACUCAUACAAAAUUCUGAAACACAUCAGAAUUUUUGGUUGUUAUUUAUUUAAGCAGAUCUUGGCAAAGUUGAGAAGCUCUUAAAAUGAGAUUUGUUCAGAAAUCUUAAAAUCUGAGGAAUUAUUUUUUUACUUCUUGGAAACAAAUACGCCUGGCAUUCUGAAAAACCAGCUAGGUGGCUUGCUGUUCAGGUGAAAGUGACAGAAUAGAUUUCAUGAUAUUUUGGUGGGAGAGUUUUAAACCCUUGACAUAUUUUGCUGCUUUAUAUUUCAGGAUCUUCUUAAUCGUGUAGAAGACUUUCAGAAGUAUAGCCAAAAACUCCUCUCUGAAGAAAUUCCCAGUGCUUCAGAAAUACAGGAACUGUUGGAUGUCAGUUUUGACUUUGACGUUGAUCUUCCCCAGCUAAGUGAAUUACGGAUACGCCUAGAGCAAGCCCACUGGCUGGAAGAUGUGCAGCACGUUUGCUUGGACCAAAAUUCUCUUACUCUGGAUGAUAUGAGAAGACUUAUAGACUCUGGUGUUGGGCUUGCUCCUCAUCCUGCUGUUGAGAAGGCAAUGGCUAAGCUGCAAGAGCUGUUGACAGUAUCUGAACACUGGGAUGACAAGGCUAGAACCCUGAUAAAAGCCAGGUAAAAACUGAGUCUUCCUCUUUCAGAACUAUUGCAGUUACCACACACAGCUUUCAAGUAAUUAUUUUCCCAAACUUUCAGAAAAAUGAGGGAAAGGUGAGUCUGUAGUACUCUGUGUACAGGAAAGUGAGAUGGUAUAUUCUCUGUCCCAGCAGGCAAGAAAUGGUUAACCCAUCUUCCACUUGAAGGCAUUUGGGUGACGACGAGUCCUACAAUAAUGUAUUGAGCCUAGUUUUAACUACAGGAGGAAAGAUCAGAAGAGUGCAAUGUUGAAUUCCUCCCUCUUAUUUUUUAGUUAUCACCAUUGGGCUGAGAGGAUCCUCCAACUCUUGGUCCCCAUUCCUCUGAUUAAAAUGUAAAAAUUGCAUCUGUGGGGGAUAUUUUCCUUAGCAAAAAAGUGUGUUGGGGUCGGGGUGGGGGGACGGAGUCUGUGUGUGUAUGCAUGUGUUUGCUGAACUGCUUUGCAAGCAGCAUAUGCAGGCAGAGAGAGCAUGGAAGGAGCCGGCUGCUUUGGCUUGCUCCCGCUCCCCAGCUGGGCAAGGCAGUGGCAGCCAAGGAGCAGCAUCACAACAGAGCCCUUGCACUGCCUUCAGGGCUCUCUGAUGCAGAUGCAGAAGCUGGGCUGCCUCUGCCUUGCCCGACCCAUGCGCCAAGGCGGCCUUGGAUGGGGCAAGCGCGCUGGCCUGUCUGCUGCUGCUGCCUCGCUGGGGUGGGGAGAGUCUAAUGGAUCCCCCACCUGGUGUGCCGGAGGCAUGGUGGGGGUCUCCUUUAAACUUCUCCAUUGAAAGGGGGGCAGCUGCACACCCCCAGUGGAUAAGUUUAAAGGAGCCCCCACCUCCCCAGAAUCCCUCCCCCCACAUAUGCAGGCAAUUCUCAAUUUGUGCAUGUUCAGCAUUGGAAGAGAAGCAGGGUGGGCUUACACAUGUGAUGACCUGGAAUGUGACCCCUACAUAAAUGGGGGAUUGCCUGUAAUUUAAACUGAAUUAUAUAUGCUUCUAAUUUGUCUGUUGACAUCCCGUACUGACAAGAAGUGCUUUAUGAUACUAUAAUUGUUUGGCCAAUAGCAAUUUUGCACUAGCGUUUGAGUAAUAAUACAACAUUUUGAUCAUAUAUGUUUGUUUAUUUUAAGACCACGGCAGUCAUUAAGUAGUCUUGAAGCAGCAGUGAAGGAGAUUGAGGAAAUUCCUGCUUACCUUCCAAAUGGCAUAGCUCUGAAAGAGGCUGUAAAAAAGGCCAGAGACUGGCUACAGGAAGUGGAGGGCUUGCAGGUAGGAAUCAUCAGUGAUGUUCAUCAGUGAUUUCACUCUAACUUCAUUUGUUUCUGUAGACUGUGUGGUGUUCAACUGCUGGCAGAAAUUUAAAUUGUACAACUGAUGUUUCCUUAGGGUAGGGAUGGGGAACCUGUGAUCCUUCAGAUCUUGUUGGUACUCCCAUCAACCCCAGCCCGCAUGUAGUCCAGCAAUAUCAGGAGUCCCACAAGUUCUCCGUAUCUGCCUUAGAUAGGCAUGCAGCAGAAUAAUGCAAUUACUUUAAUGUUUUUUUAAAUAAUGUUUCUACGCUGUUAGGUUGGUGGACGUGUGCCUGUGUUAGAUACACUUGUGGAACUUGUGUCUAGAAGUCGCUCUAUUCCAGUACAUCUUGAAUAUCUGCCAAGAUUAGAAUCAUUAGUUGCUGAGGUUCAAACUUGGAAAGAGUGUGCAAGCAAUACUUUUUUGACUGAGAAUUCACCUUAUUCUCUUCUUGAGGUAAGCAGUUUAUGGUGUAUACAUGUUUGCUUUUAAUUCAGUAUUUGUGAUAUAUACACACCACAUAGAAAUUAAGAGUCAAGGGUUGACUGAAAGUAUCCCACAAAACUGGACAAGACACCUGACAUAGAUUUGUCCCAACUAUGGUAUUUGGAUCACUAUGAAAUCAAGAAUUUUGGCCUAAAAUUGCCUAGCAAAACUCCCAUAGCAGGCUUCUGAGGGUUCCAGUAUACUGUUUCCUGUGGCAGAUAUCAGCAAACCUCUUUCAAAAGCUCUGCUGGGCAGCUACUCGAGGAUUUGAUGGAGACUGCAAACUAAGUCUUCAUUGUUGCCUUCACCACUACACAGUAGGCACAAUUAUGUGUUCUAGUAGUAAAUGUUCAGUUACCCUCACAGCAGGCCUUUUGCCUAUUGUGCUUAAGCCAUUGUCUGACCUGAAGCUCCACAGAAAACCACAGGGGCAUUCAGGCUCCAUCGUGCCAAUGGCCUAUCACAUCUCACCAUUCCACAGUGAAACUAAGGCCUCCGCAUCUUUAGCUGCCAGGAAUUUACCUAGAAUGCAAGAAUCCAUAUUGACAAGUUCCUCACCAAGGCAAAGACAAAAGUAUAUGCUUUUUGUGUCAGGCCAGUGACACACUAUGACUGAUCCAUGGUUGUCAUGGAAGCCAUGAAGUCCUGAGCUGGACCACAUUAAUCCUAAUUGCCCCUCCAAAAGGUGGCUUUCCUGGUUCAGAGAGGUCUAUCAGGACGAUGUUAUACAUGACUGUGUGCAGUAACUAGUUUGGCCCUUGAGAUUCCCAGAUAACUAUGAUAUGGGAAGUUGGAUUAUACAAGAAGUAAGUGCUGGAACUGGCAGCCCUCAAGAUUCAGGUGACUGAUGAUAUCAGAUUUUAAAAGAUGUAUGUGCAGCCUUCUGUUUCCAUGCUGGUCACUGCUGAGUAGCGUAUGCCCCCUCCCAUGUUUGUUCUUGGCUACAGCUCAUGUUUAGUGAGCAGUUAGGUUAACCAUGAGUAAAAGGUAAGGUAAAGGUAAAGGACCCCUGGACCAUGAGUAGCACUUCUGGUAAAGCAUUAAGCCAAACCUUGGUUUAACUAGGUGUGGCACAGUAGUAAAAAGGACUUGGGAGGAGUAAAAUUAUUGUGAGCUCCAGGAGCCUACAAGUUUAUCUUUUUGUGUUUUGUGAAACAGGUCAGUGUCUUGUUGCAUCUCUCUUUUUUGAAAGCAUGACCUUUCAUAGCUGAGAAUAUCCUGAUUCAGAUGGAUCUUUACUGCUUUUGCCACAACAGACAAAACACAGCUACUGUGGAUUGGCUAUUUACAAGGAAGAUAUGAUUAUGCUGUGUUACACCAGGAUGAAUAAUGGUUGUUCUGACUCUUCACCAGGUUUUGUGUCCAAGAUGUGAUAUUGGAACAUUGGGAUUUAAAAGAAAAAUGAAGAAAUUAAAAGAGCCUGUCCCAAAUGGAAAAAAGAAGAGCACCAAAUUAGAGAGUUUAAAUGAUUUGGAAAGAGCUUUAUCUGAGAGUAAGGAAACUUCUGCUGCGGUAUGUAUACUGUUAGAAAUGGGUUUGGAAAUAGGUGUUCAGUAGAUUAAGCUUUUCUCUUGCUUUGUUCUUUUAUGAUGCUUCAUUUCUUCCAUUUCCUUGGGUGUGGAGAUGCACACUAAUCCUUUUUUGUCUAGUACAGUCAUACUUUGGGUUGUGAACGUGAUCUGUGCGGGAGGCACAUUCGCAACCUGCAGCACUGCGUUUGCGCAUGUGCAUGACGCGAUUUGGCGCUUCUGCGCAUGCGCGUGAUGUUAUUUUGUGCCUGCGUGAGUGCCGAAACCAGGAAGUAACUCGUUCCGGUACUUCCAGGUUCAGCACGGUCCAGAGCGUUUGUAACCCGAGGUAUGACUGUAUAGCUUUUUGUGUUCUCUCCCAAAUAAAGAGGGCAUGUUCUAAUACAUUUUAAAAAUUGGACUUUCUGAGGAUUGAGAUAAUAUGUGUUUGGGAUGGAUCUUCUGUUAAUGAAAGUCAAGCCUCUUACUCUACAUGUAAGUGUAUCCCUUAACAUUUGAUGAAGUGUCAGACAAUGUGCCAUUAAAAAAAAAGUUCAAAAAGAACACAUCUGGUUUGACUCCCUAGUUCGAAUCAUAGAAUUGUAGAGUUGGCAGGACCCUGAGGGUCAUCUAAAGCUUUCUUGCAAGAUUUGGAGAAAAUUAUAGUUAAGCCCUUCAGUUUAAAAAUCUUGCUCUGAGGAAUUUGACUGUUUUCAUGUCAUUUUCUUCCAGAUGGCCACACUUGGUGAAGCCCGCUUAAAGGAGAUGGAAGCACUGCAUUCACUUAGAGCAGCAAAUGAAAAAAAAAUAUUCUCCACUGAACAGGAUGUAGAGAUCAAAGUUUGUCUCUGCCAGAGUGAGCCCGCAGCACCAAUGAUACAGUGUGAACUAUGCAGAGCGGUCUUCCAUACCAGCUGUGUUUCAGUGCCCAGAACUUUGCAGGAACCUCGGGUGUGGCUCUGCCCUCACUGUCAUAGAUCUGAAAAGCCACCUUUAGAAAAGAUUCUACCUUUACUGGCUUCCUUGCAGCGUAUUCGAGUGAGACUGCCUGAGGGAGAUGCUUUACGGUAUAUGAUAGAGAGAACCGUGAACUGGCAACAUAGAGCACAGCAGAUGUUGUCCUCAGGGAAUAUAAAACUUAUACAAGACAAAGUGGGCUCAGGUAUACUGUACAGCAGAUGGCAAACCAUGGCAGGCCAGUUGCAAGAGACAAGUAAGGUAAGGUUCUCCUUGAUACGGGGAGCUCACCAGGAUGUGUUGCGCAACAUCCAAUUGACACAUUUAUCUAAACUCUGAGCCAACAAUAUUGUGGUAAAUAAUUAAGGAAUUACAUGCUAAUUCCCAGCCUUGGUUCACGCACAUUUAUUACUUAAUGGAUUGGCCUAUUAGGCCAUGAAUUCUACUCUCCCUCCUUGAUAUGUAUCCUUGUCGUGGAUUUAAGCUGCCUUAUGUUCCUGUCCUAAACUGUAUUAUUUAGAAUAAAGUAAAUCCUCCUGUACCCCUGCUUUCCUGCUCAGUUGUUAACAGAGGCCUCUCUUAUCAGUCUUGCGUCUCUGGCCCUUCAUCAGCUCCUCUCUCAUGGACCCCCAAUCUGCUUGUGGACCAGCUGAUCUGAGGUCACAGUCUGUUUAGCUGGGUUGGGAUGAAACUUGUUUGACUAUUUGUCUUGGGGGGAAAGACCCCCCCAAAGGUCUAAUUAGAUUUGACUAUGUGGUAUCACAAGGGACGUGAGUGGCGCUGUGGGUUAAACUACAGAGCCUAGGACUUGCCGAUCAGAAGGUCAACAGUUCAAAUCCCUGCGACGGGGUGAGCUCCCGUUGCUUGGUCCCAGCUCCUGCCAACCUAGCAAUUCGAAAGUACGUCAAAGCGCAAGUAGAUAAAUGGGUACCGCUCCGGCAGCUUAGUCAUGCUGGCCACAUGACCUGGAAGCUGUACACCGGCUCCCUCGGCCAAUAAAGCAAGUUGAGCGCCGCAACCCCAGAGUCAGUCAUGACUGGACCUAAUGGUCAGGGGCCCCUUUACCUUUACCUAUGUGGUAACACAAAGCCAAACUGGAGAGAAGGCAAUAAUUUGCCAUCACUUUAAAGUGGUGUAAAUGUUGACCCUUCCACUGACUUCCCCAAAUGAAAUGGUUAUGUGUUUUUCAUGGAAAAUGAAGCUCCUUUCUCCCCUACCUUAAUGUGACAGUCUUCUGCAAAGGACAGGUACAUCUUGCAUAGCAAUGUGAGAUAAGCUUUGCUCAAUCAGACUAAAGGUCUAGUGUGGUAUCCUGUGUCUCACAGUGGCCAACCAGAUACCUUCAGGAGAAUAGUCCCACUGUUGUCCCACUACCCUGCCCCCAACUGUUCCUUUUAGCUAUAAUGGCUUAUAGCCGUUGAUAGACCACCUCCAUAAGGUGUCUUUUUAAAGCCCUCUAAAAGCCCUCUAAAUUACUAUUAAUCCAGUGGUGUGUUGAGGUAGUACUUAAUUUUGUUUGUCAUGAAUCUACUGCCAAGGAGUUUCAUUGAGUUACUCCAAGUUCUGAUGUUAUAAGAGAGUAAAAAAUAAAAUACUUUCACUUUCUCCAUAACGUACAGUAUAACAUUGUUAACUUCUGUCACAUUCCCAUUUAAUCAUUUAUUCUUAUCUAAAAAGCCCCAAAUCCAUUCAGGAAGGUGGAUUCAACAAUGUUGGUUGCCCUUUUCUUUCCUGUUUUCUGUGUGUGCCUUUUUUGAGACGAGGCAAUCAUAACAUGGAAUUUGCUUUUUUUACUUCUACACGCAAGAGUUGACAUUUUUCGUUAGUUGUCUCUUUAACCCCCUAAGACUUUUUUCCCCAAGUCACAGACAGAUUAGACCCUAUUACUGAAUGUGUGGUUAGAAUGUUUUGCCCCUUCACAUUUCAGUGGCUUUUCAUUUUCUACUUUUUGCUGGCCAUCCACCCAGUUUGGUGAGAUGCUUUUUGGAGCUCCUCGCAUGUUUGUUGAGUUUUCACAAUCCUGGAUAAAUUGGUACUGUAUUUACUGCAAACUUUGCUAUGUCACCCCUAACUCCAGAUCACUUAUGACUAAAUUAAAUAGCACCUGCUCCAAUACUGAUAUUGCCUACAUGCAUUACUCUGUUGUGGAAAAUUGUUUAUUCCUCACUUCUGCUUCCUGUUCCUUAAUCAGUUUCCAGUCCAAAAGAGGACCUAAUCCAGUGACUUCAGUUUGUUUUAGAUGGUUAUAAUAUUGUGUUUUAAAUUGUUGUAGCCAGACAUAGCACCUUAUGGUGAAGAGUGGCUAAUAAAUUGAAAUAAUAAUAGAACUUUCUAAAACUAAGAUAUCGGGCAUGUCAUUUUAAUCAAUUGUUAAUUUAAAGUUACAUUUUAACACCAUGAUCAUUCAAGUUCACAGCAUGUUAAAGAAAUAAGGUGGUGUUUAAUUGCUUCUCUUUAAUUAGGUUUCACAGACAAUUGGUGCUACAUCUUUCUCUUUGCCACAUGACUGGAAUAACAGACCCAUGCAUUUACACUCUCCUUUCUCUACAGGACAAAACUGCAUCCCCCUUCAUGGUAAGUAUGCUGUACUUAUCAUUCAUCAGUGUGAAAUCCUAAACAUAACAUUAUGAGCUCCUUUGUGUAGGGUCUUGUAGGCAGAGAGUUUGUAAAAAUAAUUUCAAUUUGCUUGAUGUGCUUUGGAAAGAAAAGUUUUAAAGCUAUGUAACUUCACCACUGAUAAUUAAAAAUUAUUUUGUUUGUCACCCUAGCCAUUAGUGCAGAGCUGAAUGAACUGAUGAUGGAAGCCCAACUACUGCAGGUUUCACUACCCGAAAUACAAGAGCUGUAUGAGAUCUUAUUCACAAAGCAAAGCCCAGUUGCAAAGACAGAACAGAGGUCACCAGUAGGACCAACAGGUGAAAAGGUAAGUAUUUGGGACUGGGGUCCAUCUCAGAAAGGGAGUGAUUGCUUGAAUCUGCUUGUUUGAAAAUCUUGUUUUAAUUGCUGUAGUGUAAAUACAGGCUUUCCCCCUCUCAUCAACAGUGCACAUGCACACACAGAAGCAUUUUCCUGUGUAUCACUUUUAUUUCUCCCCUCCCUCAACAUCAGCCACCAGGAGAUGAUAGAGAGGGCACACUAGAAAUCCAGCUCAGUUGUUUCUCUGUACCCCUUCCCCCCAAAAAACACACCAGAUGUGCAGUUGCAAUGGAAUUCUUACAAACGUUCUGUUGCAUAAGCUUUGCCAAACCAAAGCUCUAAUGUCCAGGUUUUUGUGACAUUGCUUACAAGCUCCAAAAGUGGUUAGAGAUAGCUUGCAUGCUGUGGCAGUUCACAGCCAAUAUGUGUGCUCUCAAUAUUAAUUCCCUUCCACUUAAAAGGUGACAGGAGGUUUUUGUAUCUGUGUUGAAAAAAUGGUAAAACUUUUCAUAAAAAAUCUCAUUCUUAAGUGCUAUAAGAAAGAGAUGCUGAAGUAUUAUGCUUAAUAUGUGCUUCUCAUUAAAUGUGUGGAUGGUUACUGCAUAGCAUGCAGAAGUAUAAGGAACUGGCUACGUGGUACUUUAUGAUCUUCUAAUGCAUGUUUCUUGUAGACUGAUUUUUGUCGAGGGAAGAGAGAUGGAAUUUGCUCUGUGGAAAGGAAGCUGAAGAGACAUUUUGAGCGAGGAGAUUUCUGCAGUGAGAUGAGAACACGAGUUAGAAAAAUAGCUCCCAACAAGAAAAAACUGAAAUUAUCUCAUUUGAGGGAACUGGGUACUAGCAAGCUGGAAAGAAACAGGUUGUUUGACAUACAGCGGUCUGGUGAAAGCCAGUUGCUUCUUUCGGAUAUGUCCUUCUCUGAACAAGAAGAAUCUGAAGAUGAGGAUGCCAUCUGCCCAGCUGUCAACUGCCUGCAGCCUGAAGGUGAUGAGGUAAGUUGAAGGAAAUAUCUCUAAAGGAUGUUAAAAUGCAUGGUUUGGUAGAAUCAUAGAGAUGGAGGGGGCAUUGUAGGCCACCCAGGACAAACAAACCCAGUUCUUUCAGCCUUUCACCCUAAGACUGUUUUCUGAACACCAGUUUUUCUAUCUCCUCAAAGUAUUGUGCCCAGUACAGGAUAUGGUACUAGUAGACUGCUAGACACGUAGCUACAGGAACCUUGCUAGCAAACAGAUAUAAAAGUGAUGUACCAUAUUUGUUGUUGUGUGAAGACUUUUAACUCUCUCUUUGUGUCUAGGUGGACUGGGUCCAGUGUGAUGGCUGCUGCAAUCAGUGGUUCCAUCAAGUAUGUGUGGGUGUCUCUCCAGAAAUGGCAGAAAAAGAAGACUACAUAUGUGUGAGCUGUACGGGAAAGGACUCCCCAUAUCGAAAGUAA